AUGAAGCGGGACCUCAGACGGCUAGAGCGAGUAUGGCGGGGUGCCCGUGACGGAGCCUCAAGAACAUCUUAUAGGGUUUUUAUGAAAACCUACGAGAUGGCAGUGAAGGCCGCUAAGAAGUCCUACUUCUCGGCCUCCAUUGCCUCUGCUAGCUCUCGCCCGGUGCAAUUAUUUAGUAUAAUUAGGUCUUUAACGUCCCUUGAAGGACAGCCAAAUUUAAAUAACAAUUUGACACACAGCUGUGAGGCAUUUGCGAGCUUUUUUGCGGAGAAGGUCCUGUUGCUCCGCCAUGACCUCCCUGCCAAUUUGGAUACAAUAAAGGAACUGGAGGCCCCUCGACUGUCCUCGGGUCCAGUAUUGGACCACUUUGACCAGAUAUCCCCAGCCGAUGUGGACAGACUCCUCCAAGCUGGAAAGCCCACCACCUGUCCUCUUGACCCGUGCCCGUCUUGGCUGAUUACAGCAUGCCCAGACGAGGUGCGGGCCCCCCUGGGUGAUAUCAUCAAUUUGUCCCUUGGCACCGGGAUAUUCCCAGGGGAACUGAAGGAGGCAGUGGUGCGUCCGCUCUUAAAGACAACAUCAUUAGAUCCCUUAGAUCUAUCCAAUUACCGCCCGGUUUCGAAUCUUCCAUUCCUGGGUAAGGUGAUUGAGAGAGCGGUUGCUGAACAGCUUGGUAGGUUUCUGGAUGAAACAUCGGCUCUCGAUCCAUUCCAGUCCGGCUUCCGCGCUGGUCAUGGGACCGAGACGGCUCUGGUCGCCCUAACAGAUGACCUCCGCAGGCAGCUGGAUCGAGGCGGGUCGGGGCUGCUGAUUCUUCUAGACCUGUCAGCAGCCUUCGACAUGGUCGACCACGAACUCCUGGACCACCGCCUUGCCGACGUGGGGAUCCAGGGCACAGUCCUUCAAUGGCUGCGCUCGUUUCUCUCUGGUCGGGGACAGAGGGUGGCGCUUGGGAGGGAAUUGUCAUCGCGCCACUCCUUGGUGUGUGGAGUGCCUCAGGGUGCGAUUCUCUCCCCGAUGCUUUUUAACAUCUUUAUGCGCCCCCCUCGCCCAGCUUGUCCGGAGUUUUGGGCUGGGUUGCCAUCAGUAUGCCGAUGACACCCAACUCUAUCUGUUGAUGGAUGGCCAUCCUGACUCGGCCCCAGACACACUGACCAGAUGUCUGGAAGCUGUGGCUGGAUGGUUACGUGGGAGCCGGUUGAAGUUAAAUCCCUCGAAGACAGAGGUCCUCUGGCUGGGACGGGGCGAUAUGGGAUUGAGGGGGCAACUCCCAUCUCUUGCGGGGUGCAAUUAGUGCCAGCAUCGUCCGUUAAGAGUUUGGGUGUAAUCUUCGAUACCUCCCUCUCUAUGGAGGCGCAGAUUACAGCUAUAACAAAGGCGGCAUUUUUUCAUCUCCGCCAAGCUAAGCAGUUGGCUCCUUAUCUCUCUCUCCCUGAGCUAGCCACUGUGAUCCACGCGACGGUCACCUCCAGGCUUGACUAUUGUAACUCGCUCUACGUGGGGCUGCCCUUGAGACUGACCCAGAAACUCCAGCGGGUGCAGAAUGCCGCGGCGAGACUCCUUAUGGGGUCUUCGCUGCGAGAUCAUAUUCAUCCGGUACUAUACCAGCUGCACUGGCUCCCGGUGGAGUACAGGAUCAGGUUUAAGGUGCUGGUUUUAACCUUUAAAGCCCUAUACGGCCUAGGACCCUCGUACCUACGGGACCGCCUCUCCUGGUAUGUCCCACAGAGAAAUUUACGGUCUGCAAAUAAAAACAUCCUGAAGAUCCCAGGCCACAGAGAGGUUAGGCUGGCCUCAACUAGAGCCAGGGCUUUCUCGGCCACGGCUCCAAUCUGGUGGAACGCUCUGUCACAAGAGACUAGGGCCCUGCGGGACCUGACAUCUUUCCGCAGGGCCUGCAAGACAGAGCUGUUCCACCAGGCCUUUGGUCAGGGCGCAGCCUGACCCCCUCCUCUGGCAAUCUGCACAGAAUUUUGCUUAAUGGUUGCCAUCAAUUUGAUUUUAAUUUGAUUUUAAUUAAUUUUAUAAUGAAUGUUUUUAGAAUGUUGGAUUAUUUUGAUUGUUGUUAGCCGCCCUGAGCCCAGCUUCGGCUGGGGAGGGCGGGAUAUAAAUAAAAUUUAUUAUUAUUAUUAUUAAAAUGGUUUCAGGUCGGUCUUCCUGUGUUGAUCUAUGUGCGUGCUUGGUUGGUACACUUAUGAACAUUUAACAUAUAUCUAAGACCUCAAAAUUCUAUCACAACAUUCUAUUCAGGAUGCGAACAGGGCUCCGGAACAGAUCCCGUUCGCAUCCCGAGGUACCACUGUACUAAGAAGCAGGUACACACUUUCCAAUUCACAUGAAUCUUGAUUACAUUCUCAAAGUCUGACACUCAGUCUUUACACAUAAACACUAAUUAAACACCUAAAACGCCUUGCAUUACUCCCCUUUUAAGACACAUUGGGACUGUCUUAUAACACAUCUCAGUUAUACCAUACAAGUUAUAAAUAAAUCCUAAUAUUUACUAUACCUAAACAUUUAGUACCACAUAUUUACUACAGUAUAUAACAAGAUGAAGUUAUGAGACUGGGGGUUUGAACAGGAAAGGGUAAUGGGGCUGAUACUACUGCAAAUGUUCUUUGAUUGUGGCAAAGUUGCCAGGUACCUCUUCUAUCAGAGAAAUUACAGGUGAUAUGUUUCCAUGGGAACUAAUUGUCAGGCAAUUUCCAUUACAUCUUCUACAUAGGGCAAAAUGACUCCCCCCCCCUUUCCCAAGGAUGAUGUAAUCUAGGUGUCUGUAUAUGAAAAGAGACACGAAAAAUGCUGUUUAAGACAAAACAAACAAAGACUGACACAGAAAGCUGAGUUUGAACUCUGUGUAGACUAACAUUUUAGGGCUGCCUCUCACUACGGAAGUGAGGUGGGAAGCGAGGUCUUUUUGGCUGCUGCCUGGCGGGUUCAAGCUGUAUUUUCUCCUAUGCUCAACCUAUUUCUAUAUAAAUUAACAAAUAUUACAAAAAUAUUAUAAGGUAACUCCUUCAAAAGGAAACUUAUCAUCAUCAUCAUCCGUAUCCCAGCUUUUUCUCCAAAGACCUCAAGGCGGCACACACAAUUCUCCCCCACCUCAUUUAAACCCCACACAACAACCCUGUGAGGUAGGUUAGGUUGAGAGGCAGUGGCAGUGACUGGCUCAAGGUCACCCAGUGAGCUUCAUGGCCAACUGGGGAGCUGAACCCUGGUCUCCCAGGUCCUAGUCUAAGCACAACACUAUACACUGGCUCUUCUGCUUACCUCACCUGAGUAAGCACUGCAUCCUUCAAAUACAGCAAGAGAUUGAACACUAUCAUUUGUGGACUGAAGAGAGACAAAGGAUUCUUAGCAUGUUAUUUGUGUUAAUUGCCUGACUGAUGCAAGGCUGUCUGUGUUUUCAGUAGCUGUUUUGUGAAUUACCAUGGUUAAUUAUCCUUGUCAGUACUUUCCUACAUAUCAUUUUCCUCUGACCUCACUGUUUUUAAUUCCCCAAUCUCAUACCAUGUGAAUAUAUAUACCUGAACUCUGCAUGUGUCUGAUGAAGCAAAUUCUAGUCCGCAGAAGCUUGUGGCAUAAUACAUUUGUUAGCUUUUAGGGUACCAAAGGACUCCUAAUCCUUUCUUUGGGUUUAUAUCCAAGGAGCUGGUGCAUGGGUUGUUCAAUACUAUAGCUGGCAGUUCUACUUUUUAAAAAUUGAUUUUUUAAUUUAAAGUAACAGCAUACCCAUAGAAGGAAAACAGAGCUUAGUAGUUGCACAUAAAAGAAAUAAAAAUAGCUGCUGAUGGCUGUAAUUUUAGAUGUUCCGAGAAAGGCAAUCAGUUGAAAGUGUCUCUCCAUAAGGUUCUAUGAGUCAAUGGAAGGUGAAAACAAUAUUCAAUUGUCUUAACAAAGUCAAUAAAAGUAUACCAUGUCAUAUAGAAGGUGUGAGUCCUCCCCCCCAUUGUACUUUAUUGUUUUUCCUUGACUCGUAUUUCUGCAACUUAUGAGUCAUCUUAAUGGAAAUGAAUGUAAAUUACUUAUGAGUAAGUGUCAGGCUCACAAUUUUUAAAAUAGUCUGUACAACCCAGUAAUGUUUACUUGGAAGUAAGUCCCAUUGUGUUCAAUGGGGCUUACAACCUAGAUAGUGUGUUUAGGGCUGUAUCCUUAAUUUACCAUUUAUUUGGCUUUUGUAAGGCAUUUUCACUGACUUCAGUGACACCUAAAGGAGAAUAGCAGAACUCAUUUGAUUCUAUUUAGAAAUAAAUGGGGAGCAUUGCCCUCAUGUCACAGACCAGCAUAUGAUUUCAAAGGGGCAAUUAAAGCUUGUUGAGAUUGUAGUGCUUUCUAUAAAUUAUGCUGGACAUCCAUCCUGCACAUCAAAGGAAGAGUUUGACUGUGACUGCUUUCUACUUGCUAUGCUCAGCAGCAUAGCGUGGUUUGCUGGUGCUCAAGGCGUGUGGGGACGCGGCACACCAGGGGUGCGAGGUGUGGAGGGUGAACGGAGCCCGCCAUGCCAGCCCAGCCCUCACUGCCACCCUGGCAGCUCCCUUUCACACUACGCCCGAUUAUGCUUCCAAGUUUAGGUGGGAAAUAACCAACCUGUGUUCAUAUCUUCCAGGAGUUCAGUGACACACAGGGCAAUGUGGCCCUUGUGAAUGGAAUAUUUCCCGUUCUUGAAUUGCCAUUUCAGGCAAAAAGACUGCUUAUUUCUGACCAUAAUGUAUAGUAUUUGCUCAGGAGCCUCUCUCUCUCUCUCUCUCUGUGUGUGUGUAAUGUUGAUCAUGCUAUUCUGAGUAAAGUUGAAUUGCCUUGCCCUGGAAAUGGCAGAAUACUUCUUUGUUGUACCUAUUAAGUGGAAGUAAACAUUCAAGUGAAAUAGGACUGAUUCAAGUGAAAUGACUUAGCCAUUUUGAGAUUGUGUUGGUAUUCCAUAGUCCAUAAUGAUCAUGAUGACAUUUUUUUCAAUUAAAGAAGAGCAUGUGAUAGGCAAACUUCUAUUUUCACUGGCCAGUUCCACUCAUUGUUAUAGCUUUAGAACUUGUUCUGCCUAUAAUCUCACUCUGGAAGGAACACACAUAUAUUUUUCUAAUUGAACAAUGAUUUAGCAAGUGGACAAGAUCCAAUUUAGCUCUGAAUCACUCCAAGAAAACCUUAUAUUCAGUGUUAUACCUAGGCUUUCUUUAGAUUGCUGAAGCAAGGACAGUGAAAGAGACAGGUGGGAAGGAAACAAGACCCCAAAACAGGGAAGGGCUACACCUCAAUAGAAGAGCAUAUGCUGCACUUGCAGAAGGUCCCAGGUUCACUCCCCAGGAAGGGCUGAGAAAGAUUCCAGCCUGAAGCCUGGAGAACUGAUGCAUGUCAGUAUCUAGUAGAGAUAAUGCUGAGCUAAAUGGAUUAAAGUGAUUGUUUGGAGGGUGGCAACAAAGGAGAUAACCUUUUCAGUUGCUGUGCGCUGCCAAAUGGAAUAUCCUCCUCAGCAAGGCCCACCUUGCACUAACAUUAAACAUUAUUUCCAAUGGCAAGUUAAUACCUCCAUCUUCUCCCUGGCUUUUAAUGGAACAUGAUGAGUUGGUUAUCUUUGGUGCCCUAUACCGUGAUGUCUAUUUUUGUUGAUAUAUUAUACCUGGUGGGUAUAAUUAUAAUCAUCAUCACCAUCGGUGGUUUGACUCAAUUUUUAAAAUGUGCACUCUUUUCCCCCCUGCAAGCCAAGAUGACAAAUUAUUAUUAUUAUUAUUGGGUGGUUUGACUUGAUUAUUAAAAUGUGUAUUCUUCCCCUCCUCCCGCAAGUCGCCAAGAUGACCACUAAUAAUAAUAAUAAUAUUUCCUAUAAGACAGAUUCAUAAAUAAUGCUCAUCCAGUUUUCUCCCAGGACAGGCGCCAAACAGACAAAUAAAACUGUAAUGGUGCAACCCUAUGUGGCCGCUAAACCUGCGAGGUGAUGCUAAUACACUCAGUUUCUGAGCAGCCGUAGCAGCCCGAGCGCACUAACACUUUGGAGGCUUGGCCGGGGCGCGCCCGGCAUCUAUACCCCUUCACGCGCAUGCGCCCUGGGCGAAUCCUAAACUCCUCCCCGCCUCUUCCUGAGCCUCUGGUUCGCCCUGUUACGGAGGUUGGCGCUUGCGCUUUUUCUUUCGGCGGGUGUUACUUCUCGUUCCCUCGCGCGUAGUAGUAGUAGCCUCGCGAGAGCGGCUCGUGAGGGCAGUAGCGGAAGCUCUCCCGGACACUCCUACUGAGGAGGAAGAAGGCUUCGCAGGGGGGAAGAAGAGGGGGCCGCUCGGAGCGGAACCCUGGCGGGCUUGCGGUGAGUCGGAGCUCCGGGGCGAGGGCGGAGGGAGAGACGGGGAAGAGCCCCAACAAGACACCGGAGCCGCCCUGGAGCCUCUGCCUUGAGGCUGACAAGGCGGGCGGGCGGCCCCUUUCCCCUCUUGUUCCGCCCCUGCCUGUCAAGGGGGCCCUGGCGCGCGCUCUUGCCAGCCUACCACUUGCAUGGGGGGGAGGGAAGAGUUUGGUGCGCGCCCCUUAAGAUUCUAAGAAAAAUAACUCGAGCUGAGGGAGGCGGGCGAAUGAAUCCUUUCCCCCCUUAGCCCAGUAAUGAUUCACUUGCCAAGGGGGCCAAAGUCCCCCCCUCCCCAGUCAAUGACUGUAUUCUGAGGAGUGGGCAUCCGAAAGGGGGCAUUUUGCUGAAUUCAUUGUUUCUUGUGUUGGUUUUUUGCUGCGGAUGAAUGUUAAUAACGUGCACCUUAUACAAAAACGGAAGUUUCAAUAAAUGCUUCAGCUUAUCUUUAGAGUGAUAAGUGUAAGCAUUGACUUAAAUGGGAUUCUGAUUCCUGAAGCCCGACCUGUUCUCCCGAACAGGUGUGCAUAAGGAUUGCUGUGUUAUAUUGGGAAACAGCUUUUGGGCAAAAAGAAAUAAAAUGGUGCCACGCAUUUAAAUCCACAGAUAUGACUAGCAAAUUCUAAUUUGACAUUAUUGCCCAUGCAUAUGUUUUGCAGAUGUCUGAUAGUGUGAAAGAGAACAGAUAGUUAUUCACAAACUAUGACUAAAUAUAUAUAUUCUGUUACUGGCACAAGGAGGAAAUGAACCAUAGUUUUUGCUGCUGAAGAUUUCACAGAACUUCCCCAAAUAGUAAUGAUGACAGGCUGGUUCCUUAGAAAAAGCUGAUUGACUUUACCACCUCUUGAGACCAGUUCUCCCUGUAGCAGUUUCUAGGAUAUGGUAGAUGGUAUAAGCAGUAUAAGUAAUUUUUCAACUGUUCAGGGUGCUUCAUGCAUACAAAUGGUGAAAAUGAAUACAGACCCAGAUUCUCCAGUGAAACAAAACUGGCAACUAUUUGAUAAAUCAAGGCAGCUGUCACUUUUAGCGUCUGAAGCCUGUGUGGGACAAACAUAUAUUAUUAAUAUAAGGGUGCUCUACUAACCCCAGGACGUGGGUGGCGCUGUGGGUUAAACCACAGAGCCUAGGAUUUGCAGAUCCAGAAGGUCGGCAGUUCGAAUCCCCGCAACAGGGUGAGCUCCCGUUGCUCGGUCCCGGCUCCUGCCAACCUAGCAGUUCAAAAGCAUGUCAAAGUGCAAGAAGAUAAAUAGGUACCGCUCCGGCGGGAAGGUAAAUGGCAUUUCCAUGCGCUGCUCUGGUUUGCCAGAAGCGGCUUAGUCAUGCUAGCCACAUGACCCGGAAGCUGUAAGCCGGCUCCCUCGGCCAAUAAAGCGAGAUGAGCGCCACAACCCCAGAGUCGGCCACGACUGGACCUAAUGGUCAGGGGUCCCUUUACCUUUACCUACUAACCCCAUAUUUAACCACUUGCCUGGUCACUGUAACCAUUUAGGAAUUUCAUUCAGGCAGCUGAGCAAACUACCAGAAGGUCUUUUCUCCUCCGUUUCAAACAAGCUGCCGGUGAAGCCAUGAAGCACUUCAUCCUUCCUCCAGCAACCCACUGUUUUGUAAUAUUGGGUGUGUAGGAGAUGAAGUUACCUCUUACACUUGUAACAUGGAAGCAAAUAAGCUGGGUGGUGGAGGGAAGGAGCAUCCUUUUCCUAUGCUGCCAGCCUGCUGGGUUUUUGCAGUUGGCAAUGGGCAGGUGAACCUCCUGUGCAUCUAACAUAAUGGGUUGGUAGCGGAACAAUUUGUCUUCCCAACCACCACGUUUUGGACACACAGGCAGAAGUUUUGCCUCCUGUGUCUCCAGUACAGAAAUGAAGUGUGAUGGUGGCAACUGCCCAGCUUGCUUAUUCAUUUAUUUUUAUUUAACAAAAUUUAUAUACCACUUACUCAAACUAAAUACUUCUACGCAGUUUACAAAAGACAAUCUAAAAUAUUAAUUAAAAAUACCAGUAAAGGCCGACAUUAAGAACAAGUUACAUAAUUAAAAGAGAAAACAAAUUCCAUAAUUUAAAAACUUGACUUCAAAGCUUGGUUUUAAGGUAGAUGAACAGGAUGGGACCUCACCUCCUGCACAUCUAGUGCAGAAACACAGCAGGCUGGUAGAGAAGGGAUGCCUGUCCUGUUCAUUCAGCACAUAAAUCAGACUUGCAACUUCACUGCUAGUUCACUAUGCUUCUGUGCUGACCACAGAAGAGGCAAAGCAUCUUCCAGCACACUUAAGCAUAGAAACAAGGCCAACAGCAGAGGUGGAUUUUCUUCCUCUUUCAUUCAGCCUGCUACAUUUCUACCCUGCAAACAAUUUUUAUUUGCCAUAUGAGUGGUUGGGAAAAGAAAUAGAAAGUGCUCCAUCCAUUCUGCACCAUCCCCUUGUAUGAUUUAAAAGUAGGGGAACAAAAAAAUAUCAGGCUAGUAACUUUGGGGGCUGUGCUAUUCUAUGAUCCCUGUGGGCAUGUCCCUUUACCUUUUUAGGGAUGGAGAAGGGGUUAUGCUUGCCCCAGUACUACUGUAGCUCUACAUUCCAUCUAGCCCCUUCCAUCUCUAAAUAAAUACAUUUACUACCCAUCUAUAUAUGAAGGGAUGCUGGCUUAUGAAUGGGAAGUUAGCUUUAUAAAAAAUUACUUGUUCCAAGUGAGUGGCUAAUAACUAAGACCAUUUUGGGGAGGAGGUAUUUCAGGAUAAUGUCCUCUUCAUCCCCCAAUUUUAAUAUUCAGAGUAUAGUGGCUUUCCCAGCUUUGCAUUAAUGAAAUACUUGAGCAAAAAUUUUUGAGGUGAUCUGUUAAUUUUUGUAACAUAUAUUGUUCUUGUGAUGUCUUAAUCAGUUCUUGUUAUUUUAAAAUGUCAUCAUUUCAGCCCUAAGUGAAUAAAACCAAAGAGUGACAGGUGUGAAUACAAGUGUGACUUUACUUGCUGCAGCAACUUUGUGAAUUUCUGUCAUGUAUUUAAAGUUGCCACAAUAGCCACACUGAUAGUUUGGUUUUUCUAGUAUUGCUGUAAUAGUUGUCCUGUUGGGUGCAGUGUUAAUGUUAAAUACUGUAUGCAGUGUUAAUUGUAAAUGUCCAUCUGAAAUUAAGAGUGAGAUUCCCCCCGACUACUUUCUUCAUUUUUUUUCUUAGUUGCUGUAACAUAGUUCUUGCAAGUCAACUCUUCCUCUAAGUAUGCUGCUGUUCUUUCCUUAUUGCUAUGUAUAGUAAGUAUAAAACAGCUAGGAUUAAUUUGGAUUGCUGUUUUGCAGGACACUCCCAUUGAAUUUAAGCAUUUUGACUUAAGUAGUUUGGGCUGCUGUUGUGUUACUGCUUGUAGGACAGUCAUCAACAAUUUUGUUUUCAGUUUGGGCUCUGAUUGUCUUGUAUUGAUAUUUUUCAAGCAUUAUGCUACGUGCAUAAUUAUCCAAUGCGUUCAACUUCCCUGAAUGAAGCUGCUUGAUGGCCAGUGGCAACCACAUAUUUCUGGCAAUCUCCCUGGCUCAAGUGCCGGGAAAAACUCAUUUUCUUCCCCAAGUUCUCUGUGUACCACAAAAGCACAAGAGUGGUCUUGCCAUGUUGUGCAAGAAAGAUCCUUCCCUCCUUCCAAGUUAUUUGUCAUGCAUAGAUUAACUGGUGGAGGAAAGGAGUCAGAAUUUCAUUUCACAGUAAGUUUUGGAGACAUUCAGAGGGAAUAAGUGUACAAUAAGAAGUUGGAGAGGGAGAUCAGUGACCACCACAUAUAAUAUAUGGUUGCGCAGGCCAGACAAGAUUUGUGGACAGGUGACUUUCAAGGGUCUUUGUUUGUUUUUUUUCAUUUAUGGGGGGCACAAAUUUUGGCUUGGCUUUCUGCCCAGGCAUUUAUUUGCAUUUACCAGUGGUCUCAUCCCUAGUAUCCUCUGCCUUGCACUGAGGGACUGGGAAAGUGGUGGGAGUCUUCUUUCAUUUAUAGAGGAUACAGAGAAGGUAACAAGCAGUGAGAGUUUCUUCAGUUCAUUAUAAGGUAUUUCUGCUGUUUCUUGCUUGAAAACUGCAUUGGAAAUUAGUCCUCCAGAGUAGGAAUCUGUGUGGACUGGUGUCUGAUUUACUGCUCACCAGAGGGUUGAGGGCACCUUCCCCUGCAAUCUGGUUAAUGGAUUUGUAGACAACUGGUAAUAUAGAAGAGUUACAAAUGAUUUUCCUAUAAGAAUGUGCUUGCAUGGAUUGUAUAGGUUUUAAACUCCAAUUCAGUGUUGGAGGUUUGCAAAACAAGGUGGUUCUUUUUCAUAUCCUUUUCCUAUCUGGUGUGUUUAUAAACAGUGCUGGUGAUUCAUGCAUUCAGUAAAGAUUUAUUGAAAUAAAUGAGGCUUGGGUUAUAAUCCCAAGCAUGCUUUUUCAAGAAAAUUCAUGGGGCUUGCUUACAAAUAAAUGUGACUGGGAUUAUAGUUUGAUGUGGGUUAGAUCCAGACUUAAUCAUCCAUUGAAAUCAUCAAGUUAAAUCAAUCACUAAGUUCAAUUUAUUUCAGUGGGUAUACACUAAAUAUUACUAAGUCUGGAUCCAACCCAGCAUGUGUGAGAUGGCACUUAAUAUGUGUUUUAAGAAAUACAUGAUUUUGAGAGUCUAUAUGCAUAUUGUAUUGGAAUGUCAUGAUUCAGGGGAUUAUUGUUUCUUUUGGUUGCCUUGUUUGGUUUUAGUUUAGUUGGGCAAGAGUCAAAUUUUAAUGCAGUUGGAUUCAUCGCUAAAUAUGAAUGUGUAACUAUUGGGGGGUAAACAAUACUGCUUUAAUUAUUGGAAGAAGUAGUGUGGCUUCUUCAUGGUGUGCUUUCGCAGGAGCACACUUAGUGAUCACUUGGGGUUUUUUUUCAUUUAAGGACACUUGACAUCAAGAAACUGGCGUUCAUAUUCAGCUGAAAGUAGUGUGCCUUUGUUCAGAGCAAACAUGGAAAGAAUUGGACUGCACUGGCUUUAAUCAGUCAUUACUUUUAUAGAAUAUGCGCCUGUUUAAAGAGUGUUUCCUCCACAGCAGUUCUGUUUCUCCAAAGCUUAGUAUAUAAGGAUGAAUGACUUGCGACUCUGCUGUGAAAUCAGAAGCAAAAACUAUUUUCUCUUUCAACAGCCAGCAGGGGCACGAUAUAGCUGAUAGCGAGAUAGGGACAGAUUACCGUAUCUUCCCCUCAUUGUAGAUGAAACUUUCCUGAACCCUUUCGACUCGUAUUUUACUAGUUAAUAAAAGUUUCAGCCCGACGCUAAGCUUACUCGGAAAUAAGUUCCCUCCCCCCACCCGAAUUUUAAAACCUAAGUAUUCAUGGAACGCUACAUUCCAAAAGAAAUCGGGGGAAAACCAGCCAUGAAUAAUACCAUAGGAAGUGUCGUGUGUGAGAGUGUCGUUCCUGUGUGUGUGUGUGUGUGUGUGUUUUAACCCUCACUGCAAAACCAAGUGGGUAGUUGACCAGUACUUGGGAGUUCCUCCCGAACAGGGGAACCCCACAUUACUGGGUGACUUACACGUUUCUCCUCGUCAGUAAUCGGAUAGGGGAAUCCUCCUGAUCUAUGACUUGGGGGUGGGGGGUUGUCGGAUUUUUUCGGGUAAUAAGCGCUUUCUCCUUGCAAGGAGGAGCGCCGUGCUGCCUGCGGUAAGGCAUAGAAGCCAGGCUUUGUGUGAUGCACGCCUCGCCUUCAAGGGAAAGGACGAGCGCUCAGCAGCAAGCAGCAGGAGCCGCUCUAGGGCUCUGAGGAAGGCUGGCUUGGCUUGGCUAGGGGGCGUGAGGGGGCCGGUCUUUUUUCUCUCUCCCUCCCUCCCCCACUUGCGCUUUUUUAAUUAUUUAAUUUGCUUCGCCGGCUGGGAGUGCGGGGCGGGGAGUCCUUUUUCCGGGCUCUGCUAUUGGCCGCAGCGAAUGCCACUCGGUGCUUCCUGGCAGCCCUCGGUGUGCCGAGCGAGCGAGGCUGCAGAAAGAGGAAGCGGCAAAGCGGAGUUGAGCUGAGAAGAGGAGGGAGAGGGAGGCUCAGGGCGCGGCCCCUGUCAUUGAUCCGGGCUACUUCCCUCAAUGCUCCCGUCUCUUCCUCCCUUCCUAGGGCGGAUUGGCCCUCGCUGACUCCCCCUGCCUAUGCGAAAGACGGAGCCAGAAGUUGAGCAGGAAGGGCAGCGCGGACGAGAGGGAAGGCUGGACCGGGAGCCCCCGGAGAAGCUUCAGGGAGAACUCCGUUCCUAUCCGCCUUCAUCAUCAUUGCUGUCCACGAGCAUGGAAGCCGUCGCCAAAUACGAUUUCAAAGCCACCGCAGACGAUGAGCUCAGCUUCAAACGGGGGGAUAUCCUUAAGGUAAGUGAUGCACAAAGGAGCAGAGAUUGCCCUCUUGAGGCUUUCCCUGAUAUGAGUCUCUCCGCCCCCCGCCCCGAAGCUCUAUCGCAUAAUGGGCAACACUCUUUUAUCUCUUCCCACACCCUUCUAAAUUUGUCUGCUCUGUUCUGCUCAUAGAGAGGCAUUUUUUUUUGAUGGCACAGCUGUUCUAACGUUGUAAAUGGAGUGUAACUUGGUUUAUGAUUGUAUAUGUUACUGCCUAGUGCUCAGUUAUUCCCUUGCCAUAUUUAAACCCCCGUUUCCCUCUUCUAGGUUUGCUGGUGCCAAAUAUCUAGAAAGAUUGUUUUGUCAUGAGUUAGUACUGUUUAAAAAGCUUGCACUGAUUCUACCUUGUGUCUGCAUAUAUAUAUUCUACCUUAUGCAGUUCACGGUACUCUAGUUUCAUUAUUUAUUUAUUUGGAUGGGUGUCAAAUAUCUAAAAAGAUUGUUUUGUCAUGAGUUAGUACUGUUUAAAAAGCUUGCGCUGAUUCUACCUUGUAUACCUUGAGUCUGCAUAGAUAUGUUCUACCUUAUGCAGUUCACGGUACUCUAGUUUCAUUAUUUAUUUGGAUGGGUGCACACAUAUGUGCAUACUACACUUGCCAGCUGAAGGUAAAGCAGGCUGCAGUCUAUGAGAUCUUAUACCACAGUGAUCUGUUUUAAGGUACCACAGGAUUCUUUUGCUACAAGAGAGUAACUGAGCUAUCCUGUAGAGCUAUCCUGUAUGUCACCUUUUGGUCUGAACUCUUGGUUUGGAAUUACAGGGUCUGAGAAGACUUAGACUUCUUAAAAAUCAGUAGUAAUGGUUCUUAGAAUCAGUUCUUAUAUUCAUUUUAUUUAAAAGUAAUGAUUUUGUUACCUUGGCAUUGAGUUACAUUGGAUUAUAUUGGCUUCUUCUGGGACGUUUCAGUUGAAAAACUAGGUGGAUUUAGAUUAUGGUAUGUUUGACCUUUGUAUGGCAUGUAGUCCACAGUUGUUAUUAUUACUAUUAUUAGUUACUGCCCUUCACCCUAAGGUCCCAGGAUGGACAAUCACAUAAAUAAAAUGGUUCCAAAAAUGCACAUUUCAAGUGUCAAAAGCUAGGGUAAAGAGAUAGGUCUUCAGCAUUUGCUAAAAGCUGUAUAAUGAAGAGGCAGGCACACCUCUGUGGAAAUGUUCCACAACUUCAGCAAUGCCACAGAAAAUGCUGUCUCCUGGGCCACCAUCCCCCUGAGUUUCUGAGCACUGUGGAGCAAUGGAGCCUCCUCUGUUGAUUUUAACACCCAAGGGGGUCUGUGGGGAAGGAGGGCAUCAAUGGGUGUAUAGUGAAGGCAAGCAGGAGUGAUUGUGUCAGUUACUCUACACAUCUCACCAUCCCGCAGUGAGCCAAGAGCCUUGACAGGAGCAUCAGCCAUGCCAGCUUGAAAAUCCCCCAAAGCAUUCAGAAAUCAGAUUCCAUCAGUCUCCAAACGUGGACCAACUCAAUGGGUCUCUUGCACUUUUCAGGGUAGAGUAGCUACAUACAGCCCAAACCUCACCAGGGAUUGGUCUGUCCAUGACAACAGACUCACAGCAAGCCCCUAUCAAUCGAGUAUUACCAGUCCUCUCUUGGGCAAAGACCAGGUGAAAGGUGUUCCCAGUUAUAUGUUGGACCAUUGAUGUUCUGAGACAGCCCCAUGUUUGCCAUGGAGGUAAUGAAGUGCUGAGCUAGCCCAUUCAGCCUCGGCAUAAAUAUUGAAGCUCCCCAACACCACCAUGGAGUCCUCCAGCACCACAUCUGAAAUUACCUUGGUCAGGGAGGUUGUAGAGCAAUGAGGUGGAUGGUACAAUAGCAACACACCCAUUCUCUUUCCCUCCCUCCCUGGUCCUGCACCAGAAACAUUUUCUUCAACCCAAACAUGAUGUGGAUUGGUUUCCUGGUGAGCGAGAUGGAAUUUUAUGACACAGCUGGAUUAACAUAGGGCCACCCAGCCCAUCCAUCCGGGUCUCAGUUGUACAUAUCAACUCUGCCCCUGCCCCUGCACCUACAUCAAAUGGAUGAUAGAUGUUUUAUUCUAGAUAGACCUGUCAUGUAGCAAUGACAACACCAAGCUGGGGUGGGGGGUGACUGGCACCCCCCGAUUCUGAAAUACAGCAGGCAAAUGUAAUAACACAGGAAGACCCUAAUCCUUCUGUAAAGGCUUAUAGAUAACAGAAUAGCAGUACAUAAUUUUGUAGGAACCUGACAAAAGUAGUAUUUAUUUAAAUAACUUAGAAAUAUUUACACCCGGCCUUUCUGUCUAUCAGACCUCCACAGCAGCUGCUGAGAAGUAAAAAUAAUGCACUGUAAGAAUAUAUUUAGAUGCAAGGGUGACUGAGGAAGGCAUUGGGGGACAGUGUAAAAAGCCCACUGUCCCAGCUUUGAUUAAAUUGCUCUACCAAAUAAAUUAACAUUGGCUAAAUAUUAGGAAUACAAUCAUUUGAUGUUGGGCUUGAAGGACAAGACAUGAGGUUGGACGCAGACAGAAUAAGUCAAGCUGGCUUGUCACUUGCCUUCACUUACCUCUUGUUCACAGGCUUUUUGUCUUCUUGGCAGGGUGAAUAAUAAAUAUUGGUAUUUUGAAUACUUCAGCCAUGAAUUAUGUUCAUAAUUUUCUUUCCUUUCUUACCAAUGAAAUACAAAAACUUUAUUUAAUUUAAACAAAUUUUUAAGUGGGACGUGGGUGGCGCAGUGGUCUAAACCACUGAGCCUCUUGGGCUUGUUGGUCAGAAGGUCGGCGGUUCGAAUCCCUGCGACGGGGUGAGCUCCCGUUGCUGUGUCCCAGCUCCUACCAACCUAGCAGUUCAAAAACAUGCCACAAAGUGCAAGCAGAUAAAUAGGUACCGCUCCGGCGGGAAGGUAAACAGCGUUUCCGUGUGCUGCUCUGGUUUCGGUGUUCCGUUGUGACAGAAGCGGCUUAGUCAUGCUGGCCAGCUGACCCGGAAAAACUCUGCGGACAAAUACCGGCUCCCUUGGCCUGUAAAGCCAUAUGAGCGUUGCAACCCCAGAGGCGUCUGCAACUGGACUUAACUGUCAGGGGUUCUUUACCUUUUACCUUUUUAAUGUUUAAGUUAAAAGCUUUACAAAUUCUAAAUGUUAGUAACCUGAUUCAUCGUAUUUCUUUGAAAUGUGAUGACUAAUAUACAUUAUUACGUUUUUGGAGGAAAUGGAACAAAAUGUUAGAAAAAUAGGCAUUGUGUUGAAGAGUAAGAUUCUUUUCAGGUUUCACAUUAAUGUGAUUUCUGCUUCUGUAUUGAGUACCAUGGUAAAGUUGCUUAGCUGAAGACAAUGCAUUGAAGUCUCACAAUUUGAAUAUGAAUUUGGCCUCUGCUGCAUGGAAUGUGAAAAUAAGCAUUAUGUGGAUCCAAGAGCUGGUGUAGUGAGUAGUGGUAGACUUGGAUUAAGAUGACCUAAGUUAAAAUCCUGACUCAGCCAUGGCUUGGCCUCACAAUAACCUAAGUAGGUUUAGCUCAGAUAUAACAACUUGGUUAAAAGCCAGGACUUUAUGACCAAGCAAGGACUGCAAUCUCUCAUUUUAAGCUAAACCCCACUGGCACAUGAGAGAGAAAUAUUUUAAGCAUUGCUUAUUUGCUGUUUUUAACACACCAGGCCCAGAAAGUGUAAUAAAACCGAGACUAUUAUCAGUACUAAGAGAAAUUUUUCAGUAUUUACUCCUGCAUAAUGAAAAUCAUUUUGAUGCUAUAUUUACCGGUAAGUGAAAGCUACUAAUGCUUUACAGCACAUUUGCUAAGCUAUGUAGCUGUGCUAAAAAAAAUGGACAUCAGCCUGUGUAGUGCAGCCAAAGAGUUUGCAUCCUACAUUCACUGCCUCUUGCAAGAAAUGGCUGUUGAAAUAGAACAAUUUAGCCUUAUUGAUUCGUGUGAAAACUGUGAAAUAAUACCUCAGUAAAGACUUUCCUGUUUCAGGUUGGUUGAAAAUUCAGUCAAGAGUUCUGGAUCCUGACAAGUAGUCAUCUGUGUAGUGAUCAUAAUUACACUCCCACCGCCCCAAAAUCAAUUCUCUUGUUCUUAAGCAUGCCCUUGCAGUCUGCUGAGAACAGUAAGAUGUUUUACAAUUCCUUAGAGAGUACAUCUGGAGGAAGGAGAUUUUAGAUUGUGAGGGUAUGUGGUGUGAGUUAUACUACACCUGGUCAUUAACAUAUUCCUCCUUUGCAAAUUUUGCUCUUUAUGCCUUGUAACUUGUUAAGGCUGAAGAUGGAAAUUGCAAAGAGGAAUAAAUAGAGACAGUACAGUGGUACCUCGCAAGACGAAAAACUCGCAAGACGAAAUAGUUUUCCGUUUUUUGAGUUGCUUCGCAAGACGAAUUUCCCUAUGGGCUUGCUUCGCAAGAUGAAAACGUCUUGCAAGUUUGUUUCCUUUUUCUUAAAACCGUUAAUACCGUUAAAACCGUGCUUCGCAAGACGAAAAAUUCGCAAGACGAAAAAACUCGCAGAAUGAAUUAAUUUCGUCUUGCGAGGCACCACUGUAUUAGAAACUGGGAUAUAAAAGCUAGGAGCCAAAUAGCUUCUGGGACCUGGGUUGUGGGUGCCAACACAGAAUGUUUAGUCGCCAUGGGGGGGGGGCUCGCCAACACUUUUUAUUUAUUAUUUUGAUAAGCAUGAACUAAUAUGCUAUUCACAUAAGUGACACAUUAUUAAUAUCACAUUUUAAGUAGAAAUUUUUAAUGCAUGUUUAAUUUGGUGUUUACAAUAAAUAUAUUAGUACCGUACUUCAGUUUCGAAGACACUCUACUCUUUAAUCUUAAACUCCUUAACAUAUUGUCUAUCUUUAACAUAUACUUUAAGGCUUCAAAGCACAUACAUUUCUGUAAUCCUUGAGUGUCAGCCAGGCACAAAAAAUGGCACCCAGCCUUUUUGAGGUGCUUGCAAAUGGAAAAUCUUUUGGCGCAAAAUGGGCCUGGCGCCCUGCUAAUUUUGAACCCUGAAUAGAGAAUAGUAUAAAUGAAUACAUUAUUUUAUUUAUUUUAAGAGUUAUACUCUGCUUUUUGAUGAAAUUGAUGAAGCAGUUUACUGUGUUUUGAAAUACAAAUUAUAGGUUUGCAAUUUUUUUUAAAAAAAAACAUUUCAUUCUUCAUUUGGCCACACAGGAAAAAUAUUAGUGAAUACAAGCUACUUCUGUGUAAAUAAAUAAUUAUAAUUACCAGUGAAUUUAUAAUUGGUGUCUGAUCAAACAGAACAAUGGCAUUCUUAAAUUGCUACAUUCAGAAAUGGUGGGUCUCUAUUUUUCUAAAAACGAAUUGCUCUUUCAUGUUCUUUGAGGAGAAGGAAGGUCUAUGGUACUGCUGUGCUAUGUUGUAUGAGUCCAGUCUGAUUUUCAGGAGAUAACUUGUCUUAUGAUGUCAUAUUCCCAUUACUGCAACAUACUCUUGUAUUCUGAACUUGAUUGAAUAGCAUUUGAACUACAUCCAUUAGCUGCUUGUGCAUUAGUAACCUUAUGGCAGUGUUCCAAAAGUGAAUGAAGAUAUUUAACCUUUGACUCAAAACUGUGUAAACCAGUUCAGUACUGGCUUGUAACUCUCACUCUCUCUCUCUCUCUCUCUCUGUGUGUGUGUGUGUGUGUUAGAAUGUUUUGUUUCUCUCUUAGAAAGUAGGCAGGAUUUGUACAGUUUCGUUGGGAAGGUCUGUGGUACUGUCCCAUGUUGUCUGGCAAGGAAAUCAGAAUUUUCUUCUUUGCUUAACGGAUGGCAGUGAUACUUAUUUAUCGCUUGUUUAGGCAGCAUGCUCUGUGUUUUCACCAAACUGCAUUAAGCUGUACAUGUUCAUAACUUAAAACAUUUAUUUCCUGUCUCUCCUACAUUCAGAAUAGUUCACAAUAACUAAACCUCAAAAAAAUCACUCUUAUUAAAAAAAAAAAUCCAAUCUGCAGCAGUUUCAAAUACAGAUUCCCCACACAUCAGUUUCCAAAUGCUUUCCUGAAGGGAAAUCUCUUCUCAAAGCCAUCAGCGAUGUUCUUGGCUCUGCCAGCCUUCCUAUAAUACUGCAGCAGCCACUGACAAAGCUUUGUGUUAUGCAGAGGUUUUUCUGACCUCUCACAAAGACAGUCUAGAAAGCAAUAUAUUAACUGAUGAUGAGACAUGUAAGAGGUGAGAAAGGGAUGUGGAUUGUGGGAGACACACAAAAAUCUCAAAUUCUAAACCAGCACCUUGCAUUGAGCCCAACAGGUUAGUAAUCAGUGCACUUCCCACAAUAUUGGUUGAAUAUGCUCCCAUCUCCCUGCAAUAUAAGGAAGUGAGUCAAAGUUUUAUAGAGCAUUUGAAGCUUCUGAGUCAUCUUUAAGGCACCUAAAGCAAAGUACAUUCACUACUACUAUCUGAGAUGACACCAUGAUAUCCUAAGACGGGACACAGAUUCCUGCUAAAGGUACGAUUGAAUUUGCCCUUCACUGUUGCUGCCACUAAUGCCUCCUGGCCUAAUCCUGGAAAAAUAGGAGCAAAUCUAUGCUGCAAGUGUGCUCUGAUACACCAGUAACCAUCCACUAGACCAGGGGUGGGGAACCUCUGACCUGCGGGCCAAAACUGGCCUGCAACACCAUUUUGAGGAAGCCAUGCCCACCUGAAUACCUGAUGCCAUACAUGACAUUAGGUGUGGGGCAGCUUAGGGCAGGGCUUCAAAGGGACAACCAGGAGCUUAAAGUGGGCUUCCUUUGCUGUCGCAAGGAGUUCUCUCAGCUAAUGGGCAGUUGGAGCACACUUCGCUCAAAGAGGGGGAAGUGGUUUCCACUCAAUGGAAGCUAUUCCCUCCCAAUGCUGUUCUUCUCAAGCCUCUCCAAGCUAUUCUUUUAAAUUUCAGAAAUUGGGAGUUUAAAGGGGUAGCACAGGGAGACUUGGAAAGUGAUCCUGUCUACCUGUCAAAUUUGGGGGGGGGGGUUAGUGGUUUGCGGAGGCUUUUUGUGUUCUUGUUACUGUAUGUAUUUUGUGUUCAUAUCUUGCAUUUUUAUGUUGUGAACCACCCUGAGAUCAUUUGACGAAUGGCCGCAUACAAAAUUAAUUAAUUAAUUUGGCCUGCAGAAACAGAGAUUUCCCCACUCUGCACUAGAUACAGGUCAAUAUAUUCCUUUCAUAGCUUCCAGCUCAUUUCCUGUGUAGAUCUUGGAAGUUGCUAUAUUUCAUAAAGAAUAUUUGUUGUACUUCUUCUUAUAGGAGCCGAAAUUCAAGUGCCUGUGGAUUGCACCUUUAUCAGUGCUGUUACAGCUAUUUUAUAAUUUGAAUGAGGGGUAUUUUUCAUUAUACAUUUAGGGUUCUCUGCUUACCCUGGGGUUCCUGCCUGCUGUAAUUGGGUUUGCUCUAUAUCUGUGUUCUCUAUAAGGUUACAAGAUGCUAUUCCUGAGAAACUGUAAUAUAUUUCUGGCAGAGUUUUGUCCUUUGGGUCUCCGUGCCAGCUGGCAACUUUCCAAGUGGAAAGUGUGCUGAUACUUUUGGUGUGGCAUAUGGUGUAGGAAGAGAGAAUGAACAUGCUGAUUCCAUCGACUGAUAAGGGCACGAGUCUAUCCCCAUCUCCCCUCUUUUAAAUACUGUGUGCCAUCAUGCAGUAAUAUGAGAGAACACUCGUAAUAUGAACAGGCAUCUAAAUAGCGCACCACAUUUUCACUACCCUACAAAAUAACAAUAGUGAUAAAAUUAUGGCGAGUAAUUAGAAGAUUGCUGAUGUGGAGGAGUUGAAGGUUUAUGAUCAGCUACCAUGACAGCUGAUGAAAGCCGGACAAUGAAUGUCAAAAGGUAUUUAGGAAUAUGUGAUGUUGGAGACUUCUUGCAAGUGACACUGUUCAAUUAACUGAUAGGGACUCCAUUCCUUUGCACCAUAUUUUAGUGAAUAUGAGUCAAUUCCUUGUGGACUAAAGUGAAACUAGAUACAAUUGUGCCAUAUUGGCCCCUUGGUUGAUUUAAUUGAGUCCUUAAGGCUUCUUACUCUUCUGUACUGAUGUCAGCUAAUCUUUUAAACUUUACUGUCAAAUGGUGUUCACGUGACAGUUUUUCCACUAAGUUUGUUCUCCUUCCCUUUAGAUUAGACGUCAAAUAGAACUGUCUUGUUUCCAAAGAGCUGGUGCUGAUGCUGCAUUUUCAGUUCCUGCUUAAAAGCAUUUCUGAAGCUUCUUUUAGGGUUACAUAUUUGUGGGAUGUGAGAUGGAUGUGGUGAGCAAAGGGCAGUAGGGCUUCCCAUAUAUCAUACUUCUCCCACCCCUUCCACAAUAUGACCUCCAUUAGUUGCUGCAGAUUCAUGUUUAGAUUAGCAGCCAAUUACACCCAUUCUAACAGAUUACAUUCAUUAAGGCAAAACUAAUGUGUUUUCCAUGUUGCAGACUUACAUCCUUCCAUUGAUGAGUGAUGUUGGGUGAAUCCUGCUCAGUGUGUUUAGGAUUUAUCAGUCUUCAGUACCAGAAUAGCAAAAUAUUUUAUGAUGGUCUUCAUCUCAAAAAUGUACUAUAGAUGUAAGAAUGAAAUUUGAGUUGGAUUUUUUUUAGCUGGGCACGCACACUUGUGUAUUGGUUUUUCCUUAAAUAUCUCCAUGACAGUUAGAGAAAGCAUUUUAAGUAUCUUCCUUGGAAUAGGACUCCUGCAUCAGUAAAAGAUACCUUCUUAAAAUUUAAUGAAUACCAAAAAGAGCAAAGAUAAAUAAUAUUCAGUCCACAAUUCAGCUAAACCCCUGAAAAGAACAUUUGAACGAGGCAAAAAAUCUGAAAAAGACUUCCUAAGUGGAGAGCAAGACUUGGAUUUAAUGUUUUUGAGAUUCAGGUAUAAAGCACUCUUACAGGAGACGGUUUCUGUUCAUAGCCCUCUUGGAAAAUAGUUUCUUUGUUUUUUUACUAGUCAACAACUAUAUUAGUCAUUAAGGUCUAUAACUGAAAACAAAACAGAUUAUAUUUGGCUUCAGCUGGACAAGCUAGCACCUAAUCUACUCUAUACCUUAAAGACUGGAAUGUUAGGUAGGAGUAAUAUGAAGUGCAUUCUUGGCUAUGAUCAAAGGUUAGCUUUCACAAUUCAGGAUGCACAGCAAUGUGUAUGCAUAGUUCAAAUGGCAAAUGAUAUUAAAUUCUUUGGCUUAAAGUGCCACAAAUUCACUCUGUCCACUGACAGGCACCAGUAGGAACAGAGAAGAUACAAAGGGCACGUUAACCUGCAUUUCUCACCCUCCCCUCCAAACUUGUGUCAGAAGACUAGGUUAUACAGUCAGUAGAAUUAAGUGGCAAAGUGCUCUCUUAAGUCCUACUUUAGACUUGACAGCAGAAUCCCACGUUUGUAGACUCCCCUUUGUAAAUUCCCUUCAUCUAGGGAAGAAAGCAGGGUGGAUUCAACCAGUGCUUCAUUGCUGCUCACACUUGGGGUGGGGGAAGCUUGAAGAGCUCUGUCUCCUCCUCUGUGUGGGAAAGUAGCUGAGUCCUUCGGAAUGGAGACUACAAACAGGUGCCUGAUUAAGUUUCCUGAUCUGCCAGUUACAUAUCCCCAUGUUAAGUUAUCAUUUGAAUGAUGGAUUAUGAUAAAUGGGAGUUUGACUGCCAAGUGGUUGGGGAGUAUUUAAACAAUAAGGUAAUCCGAAUAACAGGUAAAUUAGACGUGCUCUCAGAUGCCUCUCUAGGAUCUGCAUGUCCCAUCUCCCAACCCACUGGGCUCCUCAGCAGGAUGAAAGAGACUAUGGGUGCCCAGCUACUGCUCCCCCAGACCACUGGGACCCUUCUCAUGAUCAUCCUUCUCCAGCUUCCCAGUCUCCUCCCAUUCCUUCUCUACAUUCAACCACCCUUUCCAGAAUGUGUUUGCCAGACUCCUGACAGACAGGAUCAGGCAGGCCAAAGUAAAAUCAGCACAAGGCUGCACUCAUCUGGGACGAGCCUGGAAAACAUUCAUACCUGGUGUGGGGAAACUUGACUGCAUCCCCUUCUGGGCAAGUUUCCAGCAGCCCCAUGUCAUUGCUGAGCAGGGCCAGAGGCAAAAGUGGGCAGAACAGUUAAUGUGAAUUUUACUUUUUGCGCAUUAAGGUGGUUUCUUCUCAUUUGCACAUUACUCUUGAUCCUCCAUCUAGGCAAGCAAGAAGCAUUGUCACAAUUCCAAGGACAUGUUUCAGCCAGACUUGAGGAGGGUGCAAAGCAAUAUUGGUGUGGGAUGUGUGGCUUAAAAAGAUAUGUGGCCUGUGGAGAGCUGUGGCCAGGUAAAGAGGCCUGGAGGGCCACAUUUGCCCCCCAUCCCAGAAGUUCCGUAUUCCUUCUUCAUACAGAGACCAUUUUAUCCAAGUGCAAAAUUAUUGUGUGUGGUGUUUUGAUGAUGUAGGCAAAGCAUUUGUAUGUCGAAGCUCCUGUGGUGGUCUUGCAAGCCAUAACUUUGUAUUGGUAAAUGAAAGUUACUGCUGAAGUUCACCAAGAAAGACUUUGUAUUCCUCUGAAUUUAAUGUUAUAAUCGAGUAGAAGUUCCCCCUUCUGUGAACCUGAUUGUUGCGUAGUCUCACUUUAGUUUUUCUUUUUCUUCAUCACAUUCCUUUUUUAGAAUGGGAACUUCCAGAGACUGGGUGCUUUGCAUGCUUGCUGUGUUGCUUCAGAGAUCAAAGUAACUAGGUGCACAUACUUUAACCUACAUCUCUGUUCUGUAGGGGUCUUUGCUCUUUCAUUUCCUUGGCUGCUCUGCAGCUAGCAUUAUCUAAAAAGAGAGUGAGCAGUGGCAGCUGUAAACAUAAGGAUAAAGUCAGUCAUUUGCAGUUUCUCCACAUACCUAGAAACAUGAGCAGAGAACAUUUUUGUGUGAUCGAAUAAAUUAUUUAAACAGGAGCAAUAUGCUUCAUGAGCAAAUCUUCGUGAAAUUGCACAGGGGCCUAAGAACUGAAACUGCAUUUCUGGCCUGCAGCUAAGUUUAUUCAUUUGCAUGUAUAUAAUAAAGUAAGCUGACUCAUAAAAUGUCUGUCAAAUACUGGCGCUCAUCUUCAGGGCGCUUGACCCUGACACUUGACUAGCAGUGACUGAACAACUUUGAUAUGCUCUGAAGUACUGUAAAAUAAAACAGGUGUUUCCAAACAAUUGACAGUAUAUUUAAAAUGCUGUCAUUGCAUCAGUGCAUUGCAACAGUAUCUUAAUGGACAAACUGCAGUAUGUAUUUAUACUAUGGCAACAACUAAAGCAAUUUUAGAAAACUAUUUACUUGAAUCCAAUUAUGCUACAGUUGUACUGUUAGUAUUACACACUUCUUGAUUAAAAUGAUGAAUUCGGUUUCAGUGGGAGUCCAGCUUGAUACUUUCAUCAUUUGCACUAGAAUGUUACUAGUUUGAGUGUGAUGUGUGUAUAGAAACUUGCUCAUCAGGUAUUUUUCUUGGGGGCAGGCAAGGUUACUCUUGAGUUACCGUAUUUUUCGCCCUAUAGGGUGCACCAUCCCAUAGGGUGCACCUAGUUUGGGGGGGGGGGAAUAAAGGGGAAAAAAUCCCGCCGGAAAUAAAGGGGAAAAAAUCCCGCCGGUCUCCCCAGCCUUGCGGAUAUCUGCCCAAAGCCCGGGGCGCGCUCCGCUGCGCUCCCCAGGCUUCGGGAAGCAGGCUGCUGUCCGCAAGCCUUGGGAGCCCGGCGGGAAGUCGCGCCGGGCUUCCAAGGCUUGUGGAUAGCUUCCUGAAGCCUAGAGAGCAAGAGGGGUCGGUGCACACCGACCCCUCUCGCUUUCCAGGCUUCAGCGAAAGCCUGCAUUCGCCCCAUAGGAUGCACACACAUUUCCCCUUCAUUUUUGGAGGGGGAAAAGUGCGUCCUAUAGGGUGAAAAAUAUGGUAUAUAGGAGCCAACAGAUCUCAGUAAUUAUAGUGGAUGAUUUGGGUGUCUAAUUGAGAUCUGAACCAAUCAGAUCUUAUUUGUCUUGAUAGCAGGACCUAAAUUCAGCAAUGCCAAUUUAAUUUGAUGUUAUUAUGUUCAGUUUUCAAAAGCAACAUGUCUGAGGUUCAGUUGUUGAACACUGGUUUCUUUUUUAAAGGGUGCUGUAGUGGUUCUAGGGGUUGCUCGUCCGUAAGCCGGUACAAACACCUGGCUGGGUUGCCUGAGUGAACCUUUUCUGUCCGGACAGCCACUCACCCAUGGCUGUCUCAAUCGCUGGCAGAAUCCGUCAGUGGGCGUUUCUUAAACUUCUUCCAGCAAAGAAGCUCUUUGACGCCUAGUCUCCUCCUACUCUCUCUGCGCGAAUGCCUUCUGCGCAAGGAGGGUGUAGGCAGCGGAGGACCCCUACUCUCCCCGCUGGUCCCCGGCACGGAGUCAUGGGACCGCCUUGCCUCUUCCCCCAUCUGCCCCCCUUCUCCACUGGUGCUACGCUGAUUCUCUUCCCCAGAAGAUGGGCUGCCUCUCCCAAUCCCGGGACGCUCUCUGGAAUCCCUCUAGAUUUUGCUCUCUCCCUCCGGCACUGAUGGCAGUUCCCUGACAGGUGUUCUGUAAGAAUUCCCAAUUAACUUUCCCUCUGAGUAAUAACACAACAGAGGAAUUACUCAGUUCAGCAUGCUCAAAAUAGAUAACUAUAUCUGAACAGCUUGAUUAGACUCUCAAAUUAGUUUUAGUUUCAAAGCAUACCAGGAAUGAAUCAAGUAGAAUUGUCUUCAUAGGAAACCUGUUUCUCUUUAGUGAUAACCAUAGCUCAGAGUUAGAUUUGACCUGUGUGCAUGCAGAAAACUAACUGUGGUCUAUCAGUCCUCCAGGUAGUGAUAAUGAAAUGGAGAAAAUCAAACAAGCCAGAUUAUACCUUUAAGGCAGGAGUAGGUAUUUUAGCACAGAUGUGGGGAACCUUUGGCCCUCCAGAUGUUGCUGAGUUUACAGCUCCCCUCAUCCCUGGCUAUUGACCCAAAGGUAGGUUGCUAUUAUCACUCACCUUUAUUGAGUUGGAACUGGAAUAGUGACAUCUUAACUAACUGUACCAGUUCAUUGUGCUGCUUUGAACAUGACCACCUUUAAGUGUAAGAGUGUGUAGGAAAACUACAGAUGGCAUAUCAUGUCUGAUGCUGCAAACAAAAGUGGUCAUUCCUUAGUUAUUUCUUUACCUGCUUUCUGCUCCCCUCCCCACUGGAAUCACUGAGGAAUGAAGUCCGUAUAUGGAUGAGCCAUGUAAUCUAUUAUUAUUUUUAUUUUAUUUUUUGCUAUUUUGCAUCUUGUAACAUGACCAUUAAAAACAGCUACACUACAUCCAGUACUUCAUUAUCCAGCACUACUUAAGAUGGAAUCGAGUCCAAAUGCAAACACACAAGCCCUACUGUUCUGCUCCAGGCACAAACAGAAUUUCUAUACUAUAUCUUCUGUGUACUUCUCCGUGUUCCUCUCUAGCCUCUGGUGCCUCGUGGCUCAUAGUGCUAAGUCACAAAACUUUGAUCCAUGUAUUUGAAACACGGAAUACUAACCAGAUUCUUGUUGCUCUUCAUUAAAGCACAAAUACACUUCAUGGAGUCUCCAAGAAUGUAUGUGUAGACUUGGGUUUUAAAAGAUAUUCUUAAACAUUUAUCUUCUUCAAAAAAUACCACAGUGUAGAUAGGUUAAGGCUUAUGAUGAUAUAGCAAAAAGCCAUUAUCUAUUCUCCAAAUGGUAAGUCUAUAAAUUAAGAUUUCCGGCCCCCUCCCCCCAUGUAUUACAUUUUCCUAUGAGAAGGUAAAGAUUAUAAGAUAAUUCUGUCUUUCCUCUUACACGUCAGACUCAAUAUGUGCAGGAAAAUGUGUCCUGCUUGGUUCUGUAGUGCAGAACUAAACAGGCUUUGUUUCCUCUGGACUACUUUUAAAAGGCUGUUUUUCCAGCAAGAUCUUGUCCUGUUAAAAUGCAUAUGCCGUUGAAAAAUCAGCACAUUUGUGUACAAAAUGGAUCAGAAAGCCUUAGGCUUCUGCCACCCCUUCCCCCUCCCAGUCUCCACACAUUAGGACUUACCUGAGUUAUAUAGAUCAUUCUCAAAACCUGAAAAAUCUCUAUAAAUUUACUAAUGGAGGUGGAAUACUAGUAGAAUAGAAAGACUAGUGGUCUGACAUCACUAGCAUACGGUAUUUUAAAUAUGGGAAGCUGGUGUUAAAUGCCUUGCUUACCUAAAGGUUUUGUUUUUUGCAUAAAGCUAACUGUUACAGAAAAGAAUUGGUGAUUAAGCACUUGAAAUGAAGCUGUACUAGAGUAACUGGCUUCCAGACAGCUGUUUGACGCUCUGUUAAUUGAAUAGCUGUACUUCUAAUGAGGCUUUAUGGUUAUAUAUUAGCAGUGUUGUGAUAAACCAGCUGGGCCCAAUUGGUGUCUUGUCAUAAUGCCAAAUAUAAAUGCCUUUUUUAACACUUUCAGAUAAGGUGAUAUCACUUCAUUACAAAGCUACAGUGAUGUGAAACAAAUGCUUGCUCUUAAAAACCUUGGGAGAGCUUUUUAGGUAUAUCUGAUCCUUUACACUAGGUUAGACAGAAUGUUGGCUUCGUGGUAGUGGGAUGGUUAAAAGCAAGCAUCCAGUUGUUGCUUAAAUUGGCAGUAGAAGCAAUUGUUCAUUAAUUACUUUCCCAUAUUACACACGCUUAAGUUAAUGUCGUUCUGUGCAUAUAUUUUUUCAUGAUUUCCUGAUAAGGACCGAGGGAUAGCUCAGUCAGUAGAGCAUGAGACUCUUAAUCUCAGGGUUGCGGGUUUGAGCCCCACAUUGGGCAAAAGAUCCCUACAUUGCAGAGGGUUGGUCUGGAUGACCCUCAUGCACCCUUCCAAUCCUAUGAUUCUAAAGUAGUAGGGACCAUGAGAUUCAUACACCAGCAGGUGGGGAAAGUAUAUGUAUCAAGGACCAUUUAGGGCAUGGGUAGGCAAACUAAGGAUCGGGACUGGAUCUGGCCCAAUCACCUUCUAAAUCCAGCCUGAGGACGGUCCGGGAAUCAGCAUGUUUUUACAUGAGUAGACUGUGCCCUUUUAUUUAAAAGGCAUCUCUGAGUUAUUUGUGGGGCAUAGGAAUUCGUUCAUCCCCCCCCAAAAAAAAUAUAGUCCUGCCCCCCACAAAGUCUGAGGGACAGUGGACUGGCCCCCUGCUGAAAAAGUUUGCUGACCCUAAUUUAGAGUCUUAGGAUUGAGAAAAUGCAUCUCUUUGGCCAUUCAUGUGAGCUACAGUCUGUUAGACAAUAGAUUUGCCACUACUUACCUAGAAUAUUUAUCGGUACUUUGUUGGGCUGCUACUGUGAACCUACCUUGACCUUUGCAUGAAUAUAUGAGUGAAGGAAUCUUUUGGUCUCCUGAUUUGAAUGUUCCACCAAGGAGAGUGAAAUAUCCUACUGCUGCAUAGAUGUUGCAUUGACUUAGUCUCCAAGAACUUUAAAAAAAUUGGCUAUUUGAUGUUUUAUACAGAAAUAAAAAAGAUAGCAAUAAAGAAUGGCAAUAAACGAUCACUGUGUACUUGUGUGUAUGGAGGAUACUGAAGGGGGUGGAGGAGGCAGGGUAUAGGGCACAAGAUUCAGUUGGUUGCCCAAAAUAGUUGGGUAUUCAUUAUUUACACAAACAAGUCUGCAUAUACCAUUGACUUUUCCAUCCUUUUUAUACUUAUCAAUAAGGCACUUCCUUGUAGGUGGCGAGUUGCAUCAUGUCCCAAUGCACAAUUGGGGGAGAUGAUCUCUCCUUCCAGAACUGAAGUUUAAGCAUUUGACUACCAUCAGUGCCCACAGCAAUCAGUCACACCCCUCUGACAGGUUCCAGAGGGUUGGUACCUAAUUCAUCGAAAUAUCAGGGAUGUGUCUAAGACUAUAUUUUGCAAGAAUUUUCUUGAUCCUAUGUACGAUUGAAUAGUCUGUGCCUUGUCAUUUCUAUUGUGUAUUUAGUGCCUGUUUUACUAUAUCAUUCAUUUGAGAGCAUUCUCCUAUAUUUUUGGAAUUUGAAGGUUUAGCAAAAUAGUAGGUUCUCUAAAGGUUUUAUGGGACAUGACAGCAUAUACGAUAUACAGUAUAUGCAUGUAUGACAGCUAAUACCUUAUGUAUUAGCUCUUGCCUGCAAUUAAUUUUUUUGUUCCCCUAACACUGAGAGAGUGCGGCUUUUUAAUUUUAGAUCUUUACCGCACCCUCUUACAUUAUGCUUCCUUGUGUUAUUUACUCUUCUAGCUUGUGUCAUGGAAACAGUAUCUCUUGGAGGUGAUUUUACUUAGCCUCACAAAGUCAGUGGUGAUGAUGAUUGGUUCAGUAAAUAGCUGUGUGCUUUUAAUGUAGGCUCAGUGUGUGGGUAUGUUGCAUAUGAAUAUGAACUUCCUGAUAGGCUAUUUGUCUACCUUUUUAUUCCAUUGCUUGUUACAGUGAAAGAGGAACUCAGUGUGCAGGAAACAUUGGGUCAGAAGCUUCUGCUGUAUUUAGUAUUCUUUUUUAAAAAAACAAAAAGCAAACAUUAAAACAUUAAAACAUAAAUAAAGCUGUAAAGUAAAGAAAUAGUCAUUCAGUAAGUAAACAGGCAAGUGAAGUGUACCUUAACAAUAACAUGCCAGUACAAAUAAAAACCCAGAGAAAGGAAAACAAGACUAGAGUGGGCCUUACUAAAAUAAAUGCCAUAUUAAUUGUUAAUCAUCUUAGUGCUAAAUCUUAUAGAAAAGGGGUUGCUGUCUAACUCAAUCAACUCAUACGUGUUGUUCCAAAAAAUCUGAAAUUUCCAUUCUUGUUCAAAUCUAUUAAUCUUUUGUAUCCCUUCUCUUACCCAUAGGGUCAAAGUAAUCUUAUUUAGUGUUGCAAGUUCCCAUAUUGUAAUAUGUCACUGUUUUAGAUCCAGUGCUUUUUGUUUCUAGUAUUUAGCGUACGACACUCUUGUACUUGAAAAUUUACAUUGCCAGUGGAUUUACUGCUUCAUCUCUGUCUGGGACAGUUUUGGUGACAUGAAAAAUGAAGGUGUUAUGCAGGAAAGUAGCUUUUGACUAACUAGAUCAUGUGCUAAUCUUUGCUUCUUUCAGUCAUGUUUCUGAUUAGACACGAGUCAGGCUACUAUAGUAGAUAAAGUGCUGUUUUUAGACAGGGAAUACUUGCAUUUUAAUUCACAUUCAGUCAUAAAUCUUGCUGACCUGCUUUGGGUGAGCCUCUUGUCAUUCAGUUUCGCCUACUUCAAACGCGGGUGGUGCUGUAGUCUAAACCACUGAGCCUCUUGGGCUUGUCGAUCAGAAGGUUGGCGGUGUGAAUCCUGCGACGGGGUGAGCUCCCUUUGCUCUGUCCCAGCUCCUGCCAAACUAGCAGUUCGAAAGCACCCCUGUGCAAGUGGAAAAAUAGGUACCGCUAUGGUGGGAAGGUGAAUGGCGUUUCCGUGCACUCCAAUUUCCGUCACGGUCUCCCAUUGCUCCAGAAGUGGUUUAGUCAUGCUGGCCACAUGACCUGGAAAGCUGUCUGUGGACAAACGCCGGUUCCCUUGGCCUGAAAGCGAGAUGAGCGCCUCAACCCCAUAGUCGCCAUUGACUGGACUUAACCGUCCAGGGGUCCUUUACCUUUACCUUUUACUUCAAAUAGUGGUUGUAGGAGUCAAAUAAGAUAUCACAUAGGCACUUCCUGGAGAUCCAUAGAAGGAGGGUUGCAAAAGUGUCUGGGUAAACUAGUUACCCAGAAAAUCUCUGACAUUUCACCAGUGCUAAACCUUGACUUUUAAAUCUAUUUAAAUAUCUUACCUGACAAUGCAUCUUAAGGUAAAGGUAAAGGGACCCCUGACCAUUAGGUCCAGUCGCGGAUGACUCUGGGGUUGUGGCGCUCAUCUCGCUUUACUGGUGUAUGUGGCCAGCAUGACUAAGCCACUUCUGGCGAACCAGAGCAGUGCACGGAAACGCCGUUUACCUUCCCGCCGGAGCGGUACCUAUUUAUCUACUUGCACUUUGAUGUGCUUUCGAACUGCUAGGUUGGCAGGAGCAGGGACAAAGCAACGGGAGCUCACCCUGUCCCAGGGAUUUGAACCGCCGACCUUCUGAUCAGCAAGCCCUAGGCUCUGUGGUUUAACCCACAGCACCACCCGCGUCCCCAUCUUAACAGAAUGAAUGCUAAUACACACCAUGCCCUGAACAAGGAAAGGAUUCCAGCUGGACGUCUGGUUAUAUAAUGGGACAUUAUUCAACUCCUUGUAGAUUUUGGAGUGCUACAUGGGAGAAGAAAUAAAAAUGGAAGUCCCAUAAUGUGGGCAGAAGUGCAUUGCAGCAGAUAAUAAAAGGAAGAGCAGCUACAUUAUUUUUUUUUUAAUGACAAACAGAACAGUGCAGAGUUGCAUUGAAAAGAAGCACUGCCAUGUCCCUCUGGUAGUGGUUGCUUUAUUUAUUAAUUUAAACAUUUUAUGCCCCCAUUUAAUUUAACAGAAUUAUCAGGACAGCUCACAACGGUCAUAAAAAUUCUACCAAGAUUGAGAGAGAAGGUAAAACAGCAAAAAGUAAACUAUAAGCAGAGUGGUGUGGGGGAGCAGUAGCAGCUAGCUGGAAAGCCUGGGUUGGGUAAAAGAGUGCUGAAAGGGCAACUAAUUUGGUAUCAGGCAAUCUCCUGGCUAUCAUUUCACAUGUACAUGUUGUUAGCAUCCAUCUGUCUCAAGAGACAAUGGGGUGAAGUCAAACUGCUGUGUUACCAACACCGAAGUGAGCUCCCCAAGGUUCAAGCCUGGGCAUUGUGUAUGGAGAUCCUGGGCUGCAAAGAUGACAAGACACCCUUUCGGCCUCACUGAUGUGGUCCAAGAGGAACCAGAGCAAUGCCAGCUUGGCUGCAGGAUUUGUUGGAAGGAGGACUCAUGCAAGGUGCCAUCCAACCAUCUAAGGGACUCUGCUCCAGAUUUGUGUAGGGUUUACUACUUAGCCUUAUCUUCUCCCAAUGAUAUCCCACAAGGCAGUGACGGUUUAGGACCAGAGCUUUCCUUCUCCCAGAUGGGCUACCCUCUUAGGUUGGCAAGACCCAUUUGCCUCUCACUUCCCUCGACAGCAGGUGCAGAAACCGCCGCCUUCACCAUUGGACCCAUUAUUGGUCUCAGCCUGUCUUCACAUGCCGGGGAAGUCUCAACAAAAUGUAUAACUAUCAUACCAUGUAACUCAAAGUAUCAGUGCUAGAGUGCAGAUGUAAAUAGCACUUUGCACAGGACUAUGUAUAUGGCCAUUUAUAUGAGCAUCUUGUGAAUUAGCCUUAUGAGUAACUUAUUCAAAGUAUAAAGGUCAACUUUGCUGUCAACAUUGGAAUUCUGACUUAAAGCUUCCAGGCUUUUUUCCUCAUGGAAAACAAAAUAUUUCACUGUGCCAUCUUAGCAAGCUACAUAAGCAAUUUGGUUGUGUCUCUCCACUCCCAAUUUCUUUCUUCAUGUAUGUAGGCUCAACCAUGGAUCAUAGUAUGCACCAUAAAUGUUCUAAAAGAAACACAAAACACACUGGAGUGCUUGCAGGUGGGAAGCGGAGUGUAGUUUCUAAUGAUGGCCCUUUAUCCUAAUACCUGCAAAUACCAGGAAUGGCAGCAGAAUCUUACAUCUGACUGCUAUUUGGGAUAGAGGUAUAGAAAACCAGGGCAAGCUGAAAUCUUUUAUAGAACGCUGUUUUUUAUGGUCCAGAAACUUUUAUUUCAGCUUCAUUUAAAUGUAAGAUAUCUCUUAAUGACUAUGUUAAGAUAGACCACUGUAAUAGCCUUGAUGCAUAUUUUAAAUUAAUAAUUUGCACUAUGCAUUUCAAUCACUUGAAAGACUUGUUAAUAUACAGCUACAUCUUCAAAGCUGUUGACAAGUUGAAGAUAUAUUUUGGCUACUGGCUAGGCAAGUAGUAAGCUAGGAUAAGGACAUUAGUUAUGCUAAAAUAUCACCAGUAUUUCCCCCUUUAGCUUUUGAGUUGGCAGCGUGAGAUUAAUUAAGCACUUCUCACUUGGGGCUGCCUUCCUCAUGCUGUUUGUUGAUAAAUGUUCAGUUAAUUUAUGCUUAAUUUAGAUCCUCAGCUUUUCUUCACACUCAUUAACUUGCAAGAUUAAUUUUUAAAAGCAUAAAAUCUGGAGAUCAGCUUGGUGUUCAGAACUAGAUACUGGGUAUAUGAAUCACAUCAGUAAUUUUUACUAUUCCCUGUAUUAUGGGGGUGUGGUGAAAGACAGGGGUCUUUCUGACUUUUAAGGCCUGCUACAGAUAAACCGGUAAGUGGACUAGAAAUUAUGGCAUACAGUGCUGAACAUGGGUUUCAGUGGAAAUUUACAAGUAAGCGGAGGAGCUAGGGAACAGCAGAAUGUGCAUUGUUACACUUUUUUCUAUGAUUUUCUUAGCUGCUUUGUAUGUCUCAACUUGAAGAGGAAAAUGUGGGUUAUAUGCUUUACUUUUUUUAAAAAAGUGACAUGAUCUCAUAGCCUGAUUCUAGCUGCACACCAGUUGGUAGUACAGCUGCAUUGAGUUUAAGAGUAAAUCGAUGUGUGUGAUUUCAGAAUGAGAGAUUUUAAAAAAUAUGUUUAAAAGCUGCUAUUGCCUAUACAUUUAUUCUCUUAUUAGGAGUGUUUACUGUUUUAGAGUCUUGUGAUAGUUUUCUAGUGCAAGCACCUGCUGUAGUCCAUAAGCAAUAGCAUAAUGUUGCAUAUAUCUUUCCAUACCUGUGAUUAAAAAAGAAAAUAACCAACAGGCUUGUUCUGUUAUACAUAAUCUAGGACAUUCGUAACCCUCUCCCUGGUGCAAAUAGUUAUGGACAAUACAUUCACUUGCAUUGAUCUCUUAUUAUGUGUCUCUCCCUUCCUUUCUCCCUUUCCAAAAUGAAUUUAGGUUAUAGGCUUCUUAGGGCACAGGCCUGCCGUUUGCUUAGAUUAAUUCUGUAGUGCAGUGUUUAUACUGAUGGCACCUUAUCAAAAUAGUUCUAUUUCUCAAUAAUGCUAAUCUUGCUUGGGAAAGGUACCUGGUUUAUUUUUGCUGGUUCCCUUCAGGAAACAUUCAUUUAUUUCAAACACUUGAAAAUGCAUAAUUACUGCCCCCUUCGUUAGCAUACCAGAAUUCUGUAUGCUGAGUUGAUACCUGACCUAGAACACAAAAAUGUUUAGCUAGGGUUUCUGUUUUAAAAUCAUCCUUGGAGGCUUGUGAGUAGCAAUAUAUAGGGCCAGAUUCAACUGCCCAUUCUGCAUACACAGAGAGGGGAGGGGAGAUUUUUCCAUUGGGCAAGCAGAAAUCCUAGUGCUGACAGAACGAUCUCCUUAGUGCUACAUUGAACUGCACUACAUUGAACCGCACUGUUGAUCUGCAGGGUUAGUAACCUGCCAAUUCAUAUUGUACUAGUUUGUUAUUUGGCAGUUGUAUCCAUCUUUGAAUACGAAAGUUGCUUUAAUAAUCCCGUUUCUCUGCCAAAGCAGCACUAUAGAAGUAAAGGAAAAACAUGGGCUACCUCACUUAAAGCAUUACAGCAUUUCCAUAACCAAGGAGGGAAAAAUACUAACCUUGGGAAAUGAUGGCGUUGAAGAGCUGGAAAAAGUUUCGGAAUAGCAUAAGAAAAGCAUGUUGGUGUUUCUUUGUCUUGGCCCUAAUAAAAUAUGAGCAGCCGUUAAAGCCUACACAGGUUAGGCUUGACAGUGAGCGCCACUUGUGUGCUUGUACACACAGGGCAUUUUGAUUUAUUGCAGAAGUACUUUGCAGAGCAGAUGUGUAUAUAACGGGUUGGCUGGAGAUGGUCUUUUGAUCAAAUGUUGAUAACAAAUAGAGUGGAAUGAGUGAAGAUGUACCCAACCCAGGAAAGGUUACUGUGGCAUAUAUUAAUUCAACCCUGAAAACUAAGUUAUUGCAUAAUUCGUGUAAAAUUCAUGAUGGGCACUUUCAAGACCAAUGUGAAGGACAGGUUUCUGGGCGGCGCUUUAUGAUUUAAGGGAGAGCUAGAGAGAGGAGGACACAAAUAAGAUCAGAAAAUAACUCUUCCUUGAAUCAUUAUAAUCCUGCUUCUCACAAGGCCCGAAAGGUGUCGUUUAAAAAACUUCUCAGUAGUAUUAGAAGCUUCUGCGCCAUCUGUAGUAAUACAAAUCUGUUGGACAACUUUGGAAUAAAUUCUUUGUGUUCUUCCCAUUAUAGUGAAAUUGGGAAUUCACCUAUAAUAUGGGCAAAAUAGACAGUGAAUCUUAGCUAUUAUUGUGUCAAACUUGAUUGCGCUAGUUGUUAAAUUCUUUCUGUAGCUUGAGUUAUUGCAGCCCAGACAUAAGUCAUCAGAGAGCUACUUUUGAGGCAUUCGUGCUUCAGGCAGUUCCUGUGAGCUGCCAUGCACCAGCUAGGAAUGUCGUGUUAGUAAAAAAAUCUGGGUUGCUUUUUGGCAUUAGCACAUGUAUAACAAGACUUUACUUUGAAACAUUCAUAAGAUAUGAAUAGAAAUUCAUAAUGUUUGAAGAAUACUAAAUUAUUUCUUACCAACUUUGGAAGGAAAAGCAUUCUGGUAUACCAGAAUGAUAGAAGGUUCAUAAAUAUAUGCUUUUAAAAAAAGUAGGGUUAAAAAAAAUAAUCCUAUACGGGGAAAGUUUCUUGGCUUGACACUGUUCCAAGAGUGUAAGAAAUCAAGCCAGCAACUUGGUCAACUUUCUAUAUCUGUAUUUUUUUAACUUCUCUUGCAAUGUGUGAAAAGUUUCUAUAUGAGCUUUUAUAAAGUUUGACUGGCUGUCAUGCUUCUCACCUUAAAUAAAAUCAUAAUAGAAUGAAGGCAAGUUAUAAAGUGGAUUACACAGCACAGAUGCCCUACAUAAAAUUAAGAUGGUUGCCCAGAAAAUGGUCUGAACACACACAGGACUGCUGCAGGACUGACACUUUAAGCUUAGAGGAAGAAUUUGGUAAAUUAGCCUAGAACUGUAAAUCUAGAGGUCUGCAUUUGUUCUUAGACAGUUCCUUUGCAACCUGACCAUGUCUGGAGCUGUUAAAGCACCAUUUCCUUUUCUCACUCCCACUCUCUUCUUCCCACACCUGUGCGCUUUUUCUCCUGCAGCCUUUGAUGGAUCAUAUCCCAAGUAGCAUUUCUAAAUAAAUGGAAACUAAGUCCUGCGUUUUCCUCUUGGUAAGGCCAGUUCUGCUUGUCAGAUGGUUCUCAUUGUAAAAGCGCUGCUGGCGUUGAGAGGGGCUUAUUCUGAUUUUCCAUAACCACCCCCAAAACACUUUCCCAGUCCUGAAUGCCUUUCAUAAUGCAGCCUCCCCAUGGCAGCUAUUUAAAACUGCCUUCAAGUGUCAGCUGUUCCAUGUCCCCUGUAUUGGCCUGCAGCAUGAUAGAGCUUCGCAGUGGGAGCCUCACUGCAUUUUAUGUUAAUACAUCGGAAGUAGUUUGCCGCAUCAAGCAAUUUCCACAUAGGAGUACUCAGUGACUCUGAAUAGAAGGAGGUGGUCCUUAAAAGUAAGUAGAACUGUAAGUUCUAGGAAGCUGGAUAGCAUGGACAUAAAGAUGCAAUGAUAAAAUUGUAAUAAAGAAACUCCUGUGAGGGGGCAUACAAAAUCAUAUUACUUGUGACCAUCCUUUUAAUCAACUGAUGUACCAUAAUGGUUGUAGAGAUAAUAUGAACAAGGGCUUUGUGGGCAAAGAAGGAGUCUUGUGAUAGAAAUUGCUUGCUCUGGACAUAGCUGUUUACUAUAAAUCUCUUUAAGUUGUAUCCUUGUUUUUGUCAUACUUUUGGAACAAUUUAUUCAGCUACCCAUCAUCCUUCCUUCCAUUUCUUGAAGGAAUAAAAAAAUCUUACUGUGUCCAUCUUAUUGUCCAUUAUAGAUAUAAAGCACCUCUGCAUGUUAUGAUGAGCCACAAAUCUCAAAACAGAAUGCAGCCUGUCCUUGGCUGAAAAUGGGCCAGUGCUGCUGUUGACCUACAUUUCACAUGCAUUUUAAUAGAGAAAGCUGUCGCUGGCUGCUUUGAAAGCCUCCUUUGCUGCAGUGUUGUGGAUAGCCAUCAGUCCCAUUUGUUUAAGCCCUUGAGCAAGAAAUGAACUUCUCCGAUUUGUUUACAUCCCCAGUUAAUAGUUGGCUUGGUGUUGUCCAUGUGGUGGAAGAGGUAGCUGGAGAAGGUCAGAGAAAAAGCGAAGAAGCUGAGAUGCAGUAAUGCAGUUAACAGACUAAAGCAUUGGUGGGCUUUAGCAACAAUUAUUUUAAAAUACAGUAAUGAACUUCGAUUAGAAGUGGAUAUGCAAAUUCUACACUUUGGUAAAGUGGGUAUAUGUAAUCUUCUCUUACUUGUGGUCUGAUUUGCUUCUAUAUGCAUGGUCCUUUAUUUAAUAUGAUUUUAUAGCAUCUAAUAUUAGGAUUCAUAUUUAGAUUGCGUGAACUACAGUUCUGAGUUUACUACUGGGUUGCAAAAUGAUGGCAAUAUAAUUUUAAUGUAGUUUAAGACAACUUUUCUUAGGAGUAACUUUGAAGAAAAUAGAAACAAUAUUAUGCCACUUACUUCCCUGUGGGGCAACAAAAUCAACACACACACAAACAGAACAAAAAAAUAAUAAUCAAAUGUUUUCUCCAACCAAGUCCUACUCAGAGUAGGCCCAUUUAAAUAGAUAGGCCCAAGUUACUCACUGAUAUUUGUGUGACAAGUCAAUUAGUAAACAAUUAAUGUGGCUUUAAAAUGAAAAUUAAUGUUAAUCAGAACACAGAUAGCAUUGCUCUUUUAAACUAAGAAAAAGUUUAGUUUAUAUUUUUCUUCUUUUCUUAGUGCUGGAGUAUAGGCAGGUAGUUAAUUUUGUGUGCCACAGACUUUUAUACCUGCAACAUAAGUGAGAUCCUACUUUAUACAGCUAUAUGUAGAAAUCUCAUUGCAGCUGUUCUUCAUGUAAUAACAUGGGAAGAGACAAAACUUACACAUGGUGAGUAUUUUGCACUUCUGUACUGAUCCAGUCGUGCAGGUGGAUUUGCAAUAAAAUUUAGGUCUUCAUCUGUCCCUUUGGAAAAGUAACAGAUUAGUCACGUUCAUGAAUUCUUCCUUGUUGGCUUUGCUGUUUGUUAAAUAAACUAUGCCAGACAUAGUUCAGCCAUCUUUUCACUACAUAUAAGAACCCCAUGCCCCCUCCCCCCCCCCAAAAUUUUUUUCUCUGUCCUCUUGUUUAGCUACAGUAUAGCAAACCUCUGAAAAAAAGGAUUUACAUAAAGCAGUGUUUAGACUCUUUUCCUUGAGCUGCAAUUCCAUGGCAUACUUGAUCUUUGUUGAUGACCAUAUGGCAUGAUUUUGUGCUUGGAUGCAAGCUUAGGGUUGGGUGUAUCAGCCAGUCACUUGUAAUGAAUACCACUUCUGCUUGAUUUCCGGAAGGAAAGUCUGCAUUGAAAUAUAUGAUAUGAUAUUCGGCCAAGAAGAAAUGUAAAUUUCUGUUGUAUAAACAUUGUAAGAUUUAUCAGUGUUAGUGGGUCCUCCUAGUUUAAUGUCAGACAAUGCACACUGUUGCAGAUUGCCUUUUUGACCAAGGAGCUGGCAAAACAUGUUUACUUGCUUUUGCAGGUCGGGGAGGGGGUAAACCUUGAAAAGCUGCUUAUUCUCGGAAAUUGGCCUGUUAUCCCUGUCAAGCUUCUCCGGUUGUCUUGGAAUGGAGUGAUUAGGCAAGACCCCAGCUGUAUAUGUGUGAGGUAGAUUAUGGUAAUCGUAUUAUUCUCAUCUCAUUCCGUUAAGUGUUCUAGGUUUAGAGAGAACUCCCUGCUUUAACCCCUUCUUCAAUAGCUGUGAAAAUAGUGAUAGCUGGAAAUAACAAAAUUAGGGUACGCUUGCUUUUUCAAAAUACAGACUGGUAAGCUAGCCUCCCUUUUUUGGUAAGCUCAUUUUUACGUCCUUUGUAAGUUGUGUUAGCUAAAAGAAAUCUAACAGUUAAUAUGGACAAACCUCAUAUUGAGCGAUGAUGGAUAUCUGUUGGAAUAGUCUGUUAAUGCAGUUCUGAUGGAGCAUUUUAUAUCGCUUUUUAAAUAAUAAGACUAUGUAAGCCAAAAUGUUUGAGCUCAAGUAUGUGUCCUGAUUUUUGAAGAGUAGGGAGGAAGCUUGAGCAUACUCUUUUUAUUACUGGUUUCGGCCCAGUAUACCUGAAGGAGCAUCCCCACCUCCAUCAUUCAGCCCAGUCACAGAGGUCCACUUCUAAGGGUCUUCUGGUGGUUCCCUCACUGCAAGAAGUAAAUUUACAGGGAACCAGGCAGAGGUCUUCUCAGCAGUGGCGCCCUCUCUGUGGAAUGUCCUCUCAUCAGAGGUCAGGGAAAUAAAGAAUUACACAACUUUUAGAAGACAUCUGAAGGCAGUCCUAUUCAGGGAAGUUUUAAAUCUCUGACAUUUUAUUAUGUUUUUAUAUUUUGCCAGAAGCCGCCCAGAGUGGCUGGGAAAACCCAGCCAGAAAAAUAUUAUCAUUAGUAUUAUUAUUUGUCUUGAUCAAAUAUACAAAUCUUUAGAUUGUCCUAAGUUUGUAAAACACAGUAUUUUGACUGAGCCCUUAUAAAGCAGGGAAGGUGAACUUUUUUUCCAGCCUGAGGACCGCAUUGAAAGUCGACCACUCCAAUGAGGGCCUUAUGCCCUCUGUCACAAAAACAGCUCCCUGCUUCCCACCAUUGCAGUGGUGUGAUGAAGGGCACUGUAUUUUGUUGUUCACAGAUCUUUUGGUGAAGAGUAAAAGGCAGCAUUUCCACUCCUCUCCAUUGCAGUGUUGCAGUAGGGAGGAAGAUACUUCCUUCUUCCUUUCCUUGCAAAUGUGUUCCUUCCCUUUUUGUGCACUAGCACAUCAGCACACAACAGGAAGAAGAGGAGCUUUUUGCAAGGUCAGGAAGAGGUGCCUUUCAGAAGGUAUCAGUCGGUUUGGUGGUCCAUUUAAAAUGGCUUGGUGAGUUUGCUCUUGCUUGAGGAUUUGCCACCCUUGUCUUAAAAAAAAAAAAUAGAUCAAAGGAGAAAACAGUAGCUUCAGUAGUUUUUCCCGCAUGCAUGUCUUUGAAGGGUUACAUGUAUGUCAUUUUCAUGACUAAAGAGUUGUUUACUUCAUACAGUUUUGUUUCACAGUUAAAACUAGGUCAGCAAUAUAGUCCCAUGCCUCUUGAGCAAUGGCUCUUUAAAGCCAUGUUUGAGGGUUUACAGAAGCUGCAUUUAGUGGCAAAGCAUGAAUUGUCUUUGGUAGUUGCUUGGUGACAUUAAGGGGAAAUGGCUGGAAAGAGGCAUGGAUAUAGAAAGAACACAUAAAUUAGUCGAUGGAUAAACAAGCUCUUCACGUGGUUGUGCAAAGAAGAUUAUCAUCAAUGUCAUCUGAAAGACUAUUUGGAUCAAAGUCACUUAUAUUGGCAUGACCAAUUUCAAAAGUUGUGCCAAAGCAUAUGGAAAAGACAAAUGCCUAAGAGCAGGGGUGGGGAACCUCUGGCCUGUGGGCCUAAUUAGUCCUGGCCCGGGUCCCAGAAUAUGUGACACUGGGUGUGGGGCAGAACACAUCUCCAAAAGAGCCAAACAAGCACCUUUUGAAGCUUCGUUCUCAACUGAUUAGCAUUGACAGCACACCUUCUUCAUAGAGGUUCACUGUAUCAUCGGAUCAGCAGUUACAGCUCACCCUUUUGAAGGUGCCACAUGAUGUCAGUUAAUGUAUCUCUUUACUCUUUUCUACAUGUGUCCACUAAAUACAGCUUCUAUAAAUCCUCAACCAUGGUGCUCCCUGCCCCAAUCAAAGUUGACCCAUACUGGUGGGGAAGGCAAGUAUCGGCCCGUUGGCCAGAUCCAGUUUCCAACCCCACCUAAGAGUUCUGAAGGUGCCCAGAAGGUAGAUAGAGCUACAUUAGUCCCAUUAUCACAUUCUUAGAUAUUUGAUCAGUGUCAGUUCCUGAUUUGGUUACAGGAAGCUGAGUGUGGUGAUGGUAUCUUGGUUUUAAGUGCUGAGAAUUCUCAACCUCAUUAAUGUUGAGCAGAAGUGGUAAUCCCCCUAAUGCAAUACUAUGAUAGUAAUUCUAGUAGGAAGGAAAGGGAAGGGAAGGGAAGGGGGAGAAGGCAUUCAGACUACCAAACUUGGGAAUGGUGGGAAUGAAUUUUAAGAAUUUGUGUACUGAGUUUAAAACAAAGGUUUAAGAACUUUAAAGAUAAUAGAAACUGAUGAGCUUCUUAAUACCUGUAUUUAUCCUUAUGUUCUAGUUGGGUCCAUCUGUAAUGCAUGGCUAACACUUAUAUUUCAUUGUUGUUGUUGUUUAGUCGUUUAGUCGUGUCCGACUCUCCGUGACUGCAUGGACCAGAGAACGCCAGGCACUCCUGUCUUCCACUGCCUCCUGCAGUUUGGUCAAACUCAUGCUGGUAGCUUUGAGAACACUGUCCAACCAUCUCAUCUUCUGUCGUCCCCUUCUCCUUGUGCCCUCUAUCUUUCCCAAAAUCAGGGUCUUUUCCAGGGAGUCUUCUCAUGAGGUGGCCAAAGUAUUGGAGCCUCAGCUUCACGAUCUGUCCUUCCAGUGAGCACUCAGGGCUAAUUUCCUUAAGAAUGGAUAGGUUUGAUCUUCUUGCAGUCCAUGGGACUCUCAAGAGUCUCCUCCAGCACCAUAAUUCAAAAGCAUCAGUUCUUCAGCUAUCGGCCUUCUUUAUGGUCCAGCUCUCACUAUAUUGCGUAGAAAGCAUAAUAGAAGCAUGUUCAAAUGACUGCAGGGCCGGGGGUCCACAUCACCUUGGUUUAUGAAGGGGCUGUGCCAUUCUACAUUAUAAUGAAUUUAUGUGGUCUGUAACUCAGCUGCCUGGGGGAAAAGCACCAGCUUUGUACAUCCCAGCUGCAGACUUCAUUAAGUUUCUAGCAACCAAACAAUUGACAAUCACAGCGGCCUGGCAUGUUCCGUUUAUUUUCCCAGCAGGAACUUAAAAUAUAUGGGGAAGAGAUUGAGGUGAACAAGAAGAUGUGCCAGGCCAGUCACCCAGGUGAAAAGGAAAGGGGCUAACACUUCUACUUUAAACAUCUCUCUCUGACACUUGGAAUGCUUUUAGCAGAUACCAAUGUAAGCACAAGUUAGGUUUCGAUUAAAUUUAGACCACCUCUGGCCGAAUUUCGUGUCAUGAGAAAGUUCUUGAGGUUUUUACAAAAUAGACUGUAAGCUCGUGCACACAUUUGAGGUUGAUGUAAACAAAAAGGGAGGCUGUUGGGUUUUUAAUACAGUGGUACCUCAGGUUACAUACGCUUCAGUUUACAGACUCCACUAACCCAGAAAUAGUACCUCGGGUUAAGAACUUUGCUUCAGGAUGAGAACAGAAAUCGUGCUCUGGUGGCAUGGCAGCAGCAGGAGGCCCCAUUAGCUAAAGUGGUGCUUCAGGUUAAGAACAGUUUCAGGUUAAGAACAGACCUCCAGAACACAUUAAGUUCUUAACCCGAGGUACCACUGUAUAAGUAGCAGCAGUUUGCUGCUGAACGGUCUCAGAGGUGGGAGGAAACAAGAAUAUACCAGGAUAUAACACGUACAAUUUGAAGAGUAAGGAAAAACUACCCAUGGUAAAUAACUCAAAAAUAUAGUAUGUACUUACUAAGCUGUAACGUAGUUGCAAGUUUGGGCCCUGAGCAGACAUUCAGAAUCUGAGAUGGGGAGCUGCUGUAUAUAUAUUACUAGGAUGUACCAAAGUAUGAACUGAUAUGUAUGUUCCCUGAAUAAAUGCUUUAUUCCUCAGUUUCACUGUUAAAUGUAGAUUGAGCUGCAAAUAAGGAAGGAUGUUCAGUCUUCUGUUUCCUUGAUAACAUCCUGAGUGCUGUAGCUAGUUAGAAGGGGCUGGUGCUCUCAGACUGCUCACUGCACUCGCAGUAAACGCAGCUCUUUGUCUCUUAGAAUGUUCUGCUUCCUCUUUUUAAGAAAAUUUUUUUUCUUUUGGGGUGGAAGCUCAUGGGAGUUAGCAUGCAUCUAUGAUGAGGGCUGAGCUGCUUAAAAGAACGACUGGCUGCACUAAAAGAUUAAUAAAGUGGCACAUGUGAGUGAAAGGAACAGACAGAAAUGAAACAGUGAAUGGCUUUUUGGUUUGGUUUGUAAUAUCCAGGACAAUGCAUGACUCUAAAGAGAAGCAGUCAGAAGCUAAAUGACUGGUUCUGAUUUUCCCCAAGGGGUGAUAGCUAAAUAUUUAAUUGUAAAUUUCUUUUCUGUUACUAUCCCCUAAUACAUUCUCAAGUUCUGUAGUGUAAGCAAGGAUAUUCUGUGCAUUUCAGCUUUUUGUCUAGCUUAGUCCCAACAAACCAGUUACUCUGAUCGUUAAUGAAGUAGAGAAACUACUGACAGAAUAUAGUGUACACCAUUUAACGUUACUGCUUUUGUUAUGUUUCAGAGGCAGCUUUGAGAUUCCCUAAAUAUUUUCAGCGUUGGUAAUAUUUCCGCGUAGGUUGUCUUCCAUGUAGGAAAAGUGUUAUAUGUUCACACCCAUCUGUCUCAGGAGACAAUAGAGGAGUGCUUCUUUGGAGGUGAAGUCAAACUAUUUGUUGAAAGGUUAUAGUGCUUGCUAUGGCUGUAGAGACCAAUAGGGGAGCAACAUGUUUUGUUGCAGCUGGAGCAGAUGAAGGCAUCCAGUUGUGCUGCUGCAGAUGCACCAUGGCAUUUCUUCUCUCUGUGCUCCUCCCAGCAGUCAGUCCUCCUCUGGUUGUUGCUAUGGAUGCACAACCUGUCUGUCUCCAGGCGCUGUGGAGGUCUGCAAGGGGUUCCCACACGGCGGGGAUUGGGGUUGAUAUUGCCAGCCUUAAUGUUCACACAUGAGCAACACUACAUAAUCAAAGCCUUUGAGCCUAAAAUUAACAGAAUUAGUGUGUUUUUGAUGCUGUCUGAAUGAUAACACAUUUAAAUCAUAUGAUCUCACUGUGGUGAACCUGGGCAAUGCAGAAAAUAUAUUAUGCUUUGGAGGUUUUGGUGGUCUUUGCAGCAAAAAGGUUGAUUGGAAGAACAAGCCACCACUUGGUAAUGCAGGAACAGGGGAAGAGUACCCCCAGAACCAUUUAGUAGGGUGCACCAGCACAGUGCUUGUUUCCAUGAAACCAUAGUUCAUUUUAAACUGUGAUUUAAUGUGUUGUGGAAAUUGGGCCAUUGUCUAGUUUGACCUGAGAACCUCUUGUGAUUUUUCAAGCUAUUGCAGAAAAAGGCUGUCUUUUCUGUUUCCAUGGAGACAGCUGGGGGUGAAUUGAUAAGAGUUCUCUUAUCAAACUAGGAAUCUGACAGGCUGCAGUCCAGAACUCCCUUACUAUUACUGUAAUAGGAGGCUAGAUACAGACUUAAGGCCAUUGCAUAGUAGUCUUGGUUCAUGUGUAGUUGCUAAAAAUAUCCUUCCUCUCAAGCACAAAUGUUCUAGCAUAAAAGAAACAGUUGCUUUACUUCCCAUCAAUUUGGUUAGAUUAAUUACUGACUUGGCUUUCAGCUCUGCAGGAAUUUUCACUUCACGUCUAGUGUCUACAAAGAGAAGUUCUCUUCCUAGAUUGAUGAAAAUGUUUGGCUUCCAGAUUUCUGCUGACGCAGUGCAUUUUUAUAUAGGGAAGCUUUAUUGUGUUUUAUAUCUCUGUGUGAGAAAUAGUAUAGAGAAUGGCAUGUGUGGACACCAGUGUUUGCUAUACCAUAUGAAUGUUAACAGGAGGUCUGAAAUCAUUAAUAAAUUACUGCAAUCAGCUAAAUUUACCAGAUUUAAAAUGAGCAUAUUAAGCGGACUGUAGAGUUGUGCCCUGUGAAGUUGUGUUUAGUGUUUAUGUCUGAAUUGUUUACUAUCUGUGUUCAUUGCUAUUCUUAUUAUGUGGCUGUUCAAUAAAAAGGCCCUCUUUAAAUUUUCAUAGAAAUAUACAGUAUUGUGUUUCUUAUUCCAUAGAAGCAAAUUAGCUAAUAAACAAAGCAUCUUAAUUGGAUGUCACUAUCCCUUCAGCUGGAGUACAUUGAUUUGGGAAGAGCUUGUCACAUGUAUAGAGACAAGGUUGGACUACUCUGGCUUCAUGGGGGUGAGAUGAGGGCCACAAAUGUGUGUGGAGUUCUGCUUCAUCUGCGGAAAUGCCCAUGUUCCUUUUUGGAUGAUACAGACCCCCAAUGAGAAGCAGAAGUGUGAGCGGCUUUAAGACUUGAAAGAGCUCUUAAGACAAUCUUAAUAGGAGAAGGGGAUCAAAUACAAAGCUGGUUGAAGGGUAAAUUUAAAAAGAAACCAGUUAUAGGCUUUCAGAUUUGAAGUACACAGUACAAUUCAACAAUGGCUGUAAUAGGCUAUAAAAUAGCUUUAUGUAGAUCAUGUGAUGGAUUUUUAAAGGUAAUAGCGCUUAGCAUUGGAUGUAGCUGACAUACCAGUGCCUGGUCCUCCUAGGAGACAAAACACAUGCUCUAUAUAACACAAGUAAUUCCAUAUUUCAUAGCGAGUGUCAGAAUAUGGCUUGACUUUGAAAUGUCUACAGAAUGUAGUUUGACUUGGUAUAAUUUACUUUUCAGCUACUGGAGUAGGGUAAGAGUGCUUUGAAACUAUCUGGCUUUUCAUAAAGUAGGCUUAAAUUAGAGCAUCAACAUCAUGCUAUCCUGAAAUGUAAUUUUGUGUUUCUUUAAUCCCCUCUCUCCCAGGUUUUGAACGAAGAAUGUGAUCAAAAUUGGUACAAGGCGGAACUCAAUGGCAAAGAUGGCUUCAUUCCCAAAAAUUAUAUUGAAAUGAAACCACAUCCGUAAGUAAAGUACCAUGACUUCUGUAUGUGACAUUAUGCUUAGAGCCAAAUUCUGGCUAAGUUCACUUGCAGUUCUGGUAGUUGUCAAUGCAGGAAGUAUAUCUCUGGAAAACUUUUUCAUUCCCAUGAGAGCCAUCAAUCCUCUGACCAUAUUUUGGAUGGCAGGGAUGCCAUCAAUGCAGGGGUUGUAGUGCCGGUUGUUGACAUUGGCAGCAACAAAGUGGAUCAUGUGAACUGCAUUCCCACUCAGUACACUCACUGUGAGUCUUGCAAAAUCAACAGUAAAGCCCAGGUUGUUGGCUUUUGUUGCAGUUUGAACUAGACAGGCUUCACCCAACAUAACAUUUGAUUCUGCUGUAGUAGUGGGCAGGCUUUAACUGUUCAAAAGGAAACCUUUGCGAAUGGUACACACUUCAUUAGUGUAAAAUUAUUUCCUGCCUGUUUUCCCCGUCACCAAAAAGACUCUUUUUCUUGGUGAACCUACUAAAAAUCUUUGUAUAUUCUAUACUAGAUGUGUGGUCCUUACUAGUCAGUAUUUCCUGUAAAAUAUUACCGCUGACAGCUUAUUAAAUGUUUAGUUCUUUCUUUCCAUUGAUAUCAGGCAAUCGUUCACUAUAUUAAGUACUACAUGGUCUCAAUACUGAGGAUAUGUAAUGAAGACAAGUUCCUGUUCACUAAAUUGUGUAUACACAUUCUGUUGCCAGCAGCACAAGGCCUGUGCCGAGAAACUUACACAGUAUUCUUUGUAAAAUCUCAGCCCUGAAACCCUUUCACUAAACAAUAAUUCCAGUUGAAAUCUAAUUUUGAAACCCACCUUUGCCAUUCAUUCUCAGGUUUUGCUGCUUAUAGUUUUCCAGUUUUGCUCCAUCUCAACAAAUACUUCUAAUUCUUCUAGUCAUCCUUUCCAUGCAGACCUUUCCACUCAUUUCUACUUUCUCACUUACUGCCUUCUUGAAGAGAGAUAACAUAAGCAAAAACCUGUCCUAAAGAGCUUACAAUCUAAACAGGGGCAAGGUUAAUAGGAGAGGACUUUGUGCAAAUCUAGUCAUAGUUACUUAGGCUUAAUUUCAAUACAGGGUCAUUCUAAGGCUGCCAGCCAAUUAAAGAAUUUUACUCUAUUAAUCAUCACUGUUUCAAGCAGUUAAUUGGUUGGAUUUGAACUUUUUUAUGUUUUCCAAAACUUCAGUACAGGUGUCCCUUUGAGACACUGAAUGAAAUUUCACAAAUGUAGGAAGCAAAGAACCAAGAAUAAACCUUGGCUACAACUUGUAGUUGGUGAGCAGAGAGCUUAACCAUGAGUCCCAGUUUGGACAACAUGUUUCACCAAACCUUGGCUUAGCUCAGCAUUGGGCAUCAAUAAAAAGAACUGGAAAAGAGUGAAGCGACUGCAAGCUCCUCUCUAGGAAUUCACAUGGUCACCUAGUUUUGCUAACUAACAAGACUUUAGGGUCAUAUUCUAAGGCCCUUUUCACUGCUGGUGCUCCAGUUGUAGACUGCCUUUUCUGUAAAGGCUCACUGGGCACCUUUUUGGUAUUCCUAUUGGCACUAGGUGAAGACCUUAUUUGCCCUUGCUUUUCAUCUUAAAAUAUUUGAGUGUUUUAUUUUUGGGUUGCUUUUUUUAAAAAAAACUUGUUUUAACGUCAUUCAUUUUAUCUUGGGACUCAGCUACACAGCUACAAAUAAAACGUUUUAAAUAUGUUGUAAAGUGCAUUAUACAAAUGUGUCACUAGAUAGCGACAGUUUAAAAAACCAUUUUCACUGCAUUUUUUAUAUAUGUGUAGAUUCCACCUUGGUGUUAAGCUGUUGCUGGAUUUAUUCUGUUUUGGAAGUUGUGUUUUCCCCUCUUAUGGUUAUCUAUAACAAUUGCCUCUUGAUAUUUUUAAGGACUACAGAUCCCUAACACCUUACCUCAGGAUAGCUCUGGUUAUCAGGAGGAAUGGCCUUUAGGCAUUACAAGUUGACAAAGAGAGUUGCCCUGUUAAAAGAAGUUGAACACAUUACACAAUCAGUGCAGGUUACUUUGUCCAUUAGUAAACAGCAAUGUUUGGUUUUGAAUUGGUUGACUGCUGUAAUAAGGAAGCAUGCUUCAAUUAAAUUCUAUUGAUACGUUUCACAUGUGAAUGUGAAACAAAUUGAGCUCUCAAUAACAUGGCUCCAUGGUGACUGGCCGCAAACGUUUUCAGAGGCCAAAAUUGUGGUUGCUGAGUUUCUGAGGCAGAAACCCAGGGCAACGUGUACAUACAUGGAAAGGGAGAAAUGAAACCUUCCUAAGACACUGGCCAUGACCCGCAGACCUGCAAGUGCACCUCGGUUUUUGUUUUUUUUGUAGAAGUUGCUAACAGUUUGGGAUGUAGUUUUCUGACCAAACCCGGCAAUGCAGGCAGUCUAGAAUGCUUGCAGAGAUCUGCACAUAAUGUAAACUUACAGAUCGUGCUUCUUUUGUCUGAAUCACUACUAUGCUUACAGAAAAGUUCUGUCUAGUUCUGGAAGAAUAAGCCAUAUAAUGCAGGCCCAAUAUAAAACCAAAGUCGGUUUUGUGGCAAUUCCAAUACUAUAUCUGACAUGUGAAAGUGGAAUCAGAAGAUGAACAGAUGCAGCUCUCAUGACAUAAUCAAUCCACCAACCUUGUGUGUUUCCCAUUGCUUCCGGCAAGAGCCAGAUUUUUCUAACUACUAAGAAGCAUCAGUGACAAGUGUUUAAGUUAUUGACAGAUCUAGCAAUGGAAAGCACAGAGAGGCAUUAAUGCAACAUUUGUAAAGUGCUUUCUAGUGUUUGAGGCACUUAACAUGCACUAUCUAGUAAUCCUUACAAUUCUGUAAAGUCAGUAUUAUCCCCCAUAUUGCAUUUGGGGGGCAGAGGACUGAGGCUGAGAAAGAGGCUUGCCUAAAUCCAAGUAAUGACUUCAUGAUGGAGGCAAACAUUUCUGAUUUCAAACUUCCUUACUUGUAGUAGAGUCUCCUUUAGCCACUGUACCAUAUUGUCUCUAAGUGUUUGAGAUGGGUUUGUGUGAUCUACCUUCCAAAAUGGUUUUCAAUGUGAAUAGCCCUAAAGGCACUUGUAAACUUAAACCGUGUUCCCCCAAAUGCCAUUAAUCAUGGGGCUUAGAUUCAGUGUACGCAAAACAAAGCUUUCCUAGGUAGCAACUAUAGCUGGCACCCAUAAAGCAGAGUUGCAAAAUGAUGCAAAAUCCUAUCUGCCCUAAUAGUCACUAUUCUGGCUUUGCUAAAAGUAGAGUGUUUGUGGUUUAUUUUAUUGGGAAUGCUUGCUGUCGGGAAUCUGAAGUAAAUAAAUUAAAUCACUACAAAUAAUUUUAAAGGAUGGGAGAAGUUCCUUAAGAAUCUAUAACUUGUUAAUCCUGAAUCUCAUUGUUUCAGCCAAAUUCUCUUGCCUCUCUUCCUAUAAUGCAGUGGUUAAAAGCCUUGGAAAUGGCAAAAAUUGCUAAAUCAAGAGACGUUGAGGAAAUUGACUUUUUAAAAAAAUGAAGUGGUAUCUAUUAUUUACUGGAACUUUAUGUAUUUAUGUAAUCCCCAGUUUUAUAUCACUCCAAUCUUUUAAAUUACUUUUUAAAAACAUUAUUUAAGUGCAGCCUCGUGGAACAGUUCAAUUGAUUAUACCUGUCAGAUUACUUCCCAGCUAUGAACAUAUCCAAACUUGCCUUUUUGGAGUUUGAAUUAUGCUUAAUUUUCAACUGUGUUUGCACAGGUGGUUUUUUGGGAAGAUCCCCCGAGCAAAAGCUGAGGAGAUGUUGGGCAAACAGAGACAUGAUGGUGCCUUCCUCAUAAGAGAGAGUGAGAGUGCUCCCGGGGACUUUUCUCUCUCCGUCAAGUAAGUGUUGCAUUAUAGUUGGUUGAUAAACACGUUCUGCACUUAAACUGCAGGUGAAAUAAGCCUAUUUGAAUUAUUCUUACUUCUGCCAUAAAAUCUAGUCCUUGUUUCCCUGACUACAAAACUUGGAAAUGUUGGUGCAGUAACUUGACUAUGUUUUUUUAAAAAGUGGGCUACCACUUGUCUGCAAGUGAUAUAUGGGGACGCUUAUUGGUUGUCCUGCUUUCUCGUCUCUCCCUCCACCCCUGCCCAUCUUGCUUUUUAGUGCUUUCCUUCUCAAAUCUCAGGCAUUUUGCAAUUAGGGCUGGUAAAGUUGUAAAAUGCUUUUCAAAUAUAUAGAAUCCUUCAUAAUACCCUAGGGAAAUCACUGUUAACUCCAGGAUUCUACACUUUUUAAGGGUCUUUGUGUUCAUUGAUUUAUCAUCCGAAUCUCUCAUCUCUGAAGGUAUCCUUCAGCAACUUGCAUGUUUCCAAAUAAGGUGCUGUUGCCACAUUGGCGCUAAUCGCCUUUUGUAAAUAGGUUCUGUUGUUUCCUUUAAAUCAAAUAAAAAUAAUUAUUAAACUCUAGCUACAUUAAUUGAUACUGUACAAAUAGAAAACCACGUGUACCUUGCUGAGUCCUUCUGCAUAGCUUUGCCCUUCCAAAUGCUACCAUGCAGUCUCGCAGAUAGUCUCAUAUUGUAAGGGGGAGGCUUUCUUGACUAUCCAAGUAUGUAGAAGUUUGGUGUUUUUGUUCUUGACUCUGUGAAUAGUCCUCAAGUGUUUCUUUCAGUCUUCUUCUCCUACAUUGUAAUAGAUCAGCUUUGGUACAAAUGAAAACCUGUUGGGAAUAAUCAAACCAAGACAUUAAUAGAAUGUUCAUUCUAAUAGUUUAUUACACCUUUACUAUAAAACCAGCAUAUGUAUUUAUUAGCAGUGGUAAUCAGUGACACAUGCUGACUUCUCAUAGCACAGUACUGCCACCUAUCGUUCAAGAAUCACUGAAAUCCAUAUUUGCCUAGAACCAACAAUAGGUCCUGUUAGCUUAGAGAGAGAGAAAAUAUUCAGUACCUGCCUCGCUGGCAUGAAUUAACAUUGUGCCUCACUUCAUGUCAAAGGAAAAUGACUAACUCACCUCAUUAUCUGAAGCCUCAGAUGUCAUUCCCAUUGACUAUUAGGGUGAAAGCAACAAACGCCUAUAACCUGUAGUUAUUAUUGAGCAGAAUUAUUUGCAGGCAUAGUGGCCACUUCUGAGGGCGAUAAAGCCUGCCAAAUUUCAGGCAUAGCUGCAAGGCUUUCUAUGUGAAAUGCCUUUAAAGUGUGAAACUUUUGUUAAGGGUUUGAUGUGCUUGCGUUUGGAUGAACAUAAUAUACAAUGUAGAAAUGCCCCCAGAUACGUUCCCUGCAAAAUUUCAGAAGGACAGAUGCAGGGGUUAGGGAGUUACAAAUGAAAAACAAUAUUUAAGGUCUUUUCUUUAAAAAAAACUGCUCAGUUUGCACCAAGGCCACAGAAAGUGUAAAGUUUAUUAUGUUCUUUUGGUAUCCUAUAUCAAAAGGAUAUAGAUUGGAAAUAAGUGGAAAGUCCUGGUAAAGCCAUUCCCUGCUUGAAGCUAGAUCUGUCACUUACAGGCACCCUUCCUCUUCUGCCUCCUCUCCUAUUCUCUGCCUGGAGUUUAUCAUUUAUGGAAGGCUUAAGCAAGGUUAUUAAGAACCCUCCCAAGAUUCCAGAGCUUUGGAGCUAGCCUGCUUCACCUUGGACCACCUCUGAUCCAGUCUGUCUUGGGAUUCUGAAGCAGUCCAAACAUCUCCAAGGAACUGAGUCCUUUCCUUGGACUCAUGCCUUGUCUGAGACUAAUGCUCGACUGUUAGCCUGUGUACGUGCAAAUGUUUGCUUUAGCAACAGCAGACAAUAGUACCUGUCAUGCAUUGGCAUACACAUUAGAAGAAUAAAUAAAAGCCUGGACAUGUUCUUCUCUUUCUAUUUAGAUUUGGAAAUGAUGUGCAGCACUUCAAGGUGCUUCGAGAUGGGGCUGGCAAGUAUUUCCUCUGGGUGGUAAAGUUCAAUUCUCUGAAUGAGUUGGUAGACUAUCACAGAUCGACCUCUGUCUCCAGGAAUCAGCAGAUAUUUCUUCGAGACAUUGAGCAGGUGCCUCAGGUAAAGGAGCAUGAGUGGAGUUCUGCCUCAUUUCCAUCUUCAAAUGUUCUAUAUUAUUCAAUAAUAACCUUACGCAAAUCUGUGUUUUAGGGGAUUUUACAGUUUGGAGUAUAAGCACAAUUCUAAUACCUGCUAUAUAUUUUGGAGCAUUCUUUGUCCACUGUGUAUUUAGCCACCUCUUAAGAUAUUGUAAGCAAAUUUUGCACAAUGGUUCCUGAGAUCAAGGAGCAAGUUUUCAUCUCUUUUGGGAUACAAAUGGGCACCAUUCUGAAUCAAGAUGGCAGACUCCACUUUUCAAAACUGCACUGAUACUUUGGUUUCUUAGAAUUCCUGAGCAAGGCCGGGUAUGAGGCUGCCGGUUUAUAAUAUUUGUUACUACAGUGCCUUUCUUUCGUGGCUAAGGAUACCACACUUAGAAAAUGUACAAGCCUCCCUUUGUUAUAAGGCUUCCAGGCUGUUGUGCAUAUUACACACACGCACACAGAAACUUGAUUUUAAAAAUAAUUAGCAGCAACAACACAGUCAAUACUGUCAAGCAGAAGACUGAAAUAAAAAGAUCCAUGUGGUGGUGGGUUGCCCCAUGUGGAUUGUCCCAUCCCACACGAUUGCCUAUGGCCUCCUGCCACGGUAGAGGCUACAGUAGUGAGAACUGGGCAGAGAAUUUCCUUAUGUGAGGCUUCAUUUUGCUCUCAUUAGCACUGGUUGCAAUUCAGUUUGCUCAAAUGCUUGGAUGAAUAAAAGAAAAAACAACCACCACCACCAAUUAUCAAAAGUUGACACAAGGUGAACUUCCUGGGGGAGGCUGUUCCAAAUAGGCGGUUCUGCAGCCGAUAAGGUGGUAUCGCCACCCACCUAACUUUGAAUGGUAGGAAGCAAAGUUGCAUCUCUGAAGGUGAACACAGGAUAUGGGAAAUCUCACGUGGAAGUAGAAGGUUGUCCUUCAGAUAACCAGCUCUCAAGUCAUUUAGGGCUUUAAACAGUGUUUGGAACUGUUUAUAGCUUGCUCUGGAUACUACUGAGAUCUACUGUUUGCAGUCUCUGAAAAGUUUGCAAAGGCAGCCUCUCAUACAGUGCUUUGCAGUAAUCCAAUAGGGUACCCUCCAAACAUUGAACUGCAACUCUCACCAAUCCAUUGGUCAAAUAUAACGGGGGUUGUAUUUCACAUUGGCUACUCCUGCAGGAGUCUAAUCUCAAGCUUGCCAGUACAUGGGUAACACUACUAGCUAGAGCCUCGGCCAGUGAAGGUUCACAGCUAGUCCAUUAAGCUUAACUCGUGAAAGGCACUGCAUGCCACAGAUGCUUCUUGGUCCUCCAGUGAUAAUGCAGAUUUAGCAACACCUGCCAAACUGUUUACCUGAUUCUUUAGUGAGUAGUGUACCCUUUCAAUGCAGGUUCAUUGGUAGGCAAAAAACUCAAGAAAAACAAAACAGUUUUUGCAUUAACGUAAGUGAAUUUAAUUUUAUGUGGUGUACUCUAUUUUUAAAAAUCAGUAGAAGCCAAAUUGGUAGCUUUACACAAGGGGUGAGCAACUGCAUCUAGGCAGGACUGGAUCCAGAACUGGCUCACCAUUAGCAGAAAAUGAAAAUUGGAGAUGUGUGGAGCAAUUAAUAACUCACCCUUCUUUUCUUUGGUCUGCAGCAACCCACAUAUGUUCAGGCUCUCUUUGAUUUUGACCCUCAAGAGGAAGGUGAGCUGGGCUUUCGCCGUGGAGACUUUAUCCGGGUCCUUGACAAUUCUGAUCCCAACUGGUGGAAGGGAGCCUGCCAUGACCAAACAGGCAUGUUUCCACGCAACUACGUGACCCCAGUGAACCGGAACAUCUAG